GUGGGAAGCUCACAAGCAGGACUUGAGAGCCACAGCACACUCCCCCCGUGGGAUUUCCAUCAACGGGGGUUCAGGGCCAUGCUGCCUUCCUUGUGAAGGGAAAUGGCAGAAGGGAAGGAAGACAAAGUUGAGAAUGAACUUUGACCUGCAGGUGAGUGUCUACUUAGUGCCACUGAACUGUAACAGGAGAUCAUUUAUAGCAAGUUGGCAUUUUCAUGUCAGCUUAUCAUCUUGUGAAUCUCCUUAGUGUUUGAUGGCUAAUUCUCAAAACAGGAAGCAAUAAUUUAAAAGUACUGAUUCAUACCCAGUGUGAUCAGAAACUUGAUUUCUCUCAAGGUCUUUGUUCACAUGCAUUGGGUUAUAUUUGGAAAAGUGGAUUGCUGCAGGGAUAAAUGGGUAUGAUUUGUUUUUCUUAGCUCCUCCAACAAAGUCCUUAAAAAAAAAAAAAGGCAAAACAGUUGCAAACACAUGGAUGACAAUCUCGUACUGCCCGGGUUCUGAGAUCUUCUGGAGAGACCCUAGAGCAUUCUAUUAAAUUGCAGCAGCUUAGCCUAUGGGAGCUCAGCAAAGCCAUGCCAAGUUUCUAGCCCAUUUUGUGAAUAUGUAUGAGAUGGUGUUAUGGGUUGAUAUGCAAGUCUGCUGUUUAGUUGCUGCUUCCACCCUUCAGUUUCCUGUAUGACUAGGUAUUACAGGGAAGAGAGGCAUUUUCUUAUUUUGCACUGAGUUUUUGCAACUGGUGUUUGUAGAUUAGAUCUCUUUAUUAAAAUUCCUUUUCCACAUGUACAUCUGAUAUUCAUGCACCAAGUUGAAAGAAAACAAGCUCCUCUCUCUCUCUCUCUCUCUCUCUCUCUCUCUCUCUCAUUUUCUAACUGCUAAUCUUUCCUGACAAGUUGAGAGCUGUUGACUGCAAGGUGGUUUGUUGAAUCAAGAUUCCACACUAAAAAAUUUGGCGCCGCAGCAUUAGUAAUUGGAGUCUGAGCAAGCCCUACAAAAGCAGGCACACCCAGAUUCUCUACCCACUUACCAGCAUUCUUGCCACACCCAAGAGCAGGAGAAAACUCCCAACCAAGCCUUCAAAUCUUGUAGCUUUAGGAGACAGUUCACCAUCUUCCCUUUUUUUAAACCCUGGAGCUAUAGAUCUUGAUUUUCAUUGAAAAUGGAGUUAGGUCAGGGUGACAAAUCAAUAAAUGCUUGAGAAAGCACUCUGGUCCUGUACGUUUUGGAAAUGAGAACAGAGAAUGGUUCUUAUGUGCUGUAAAAUGUGGCUCAGAUAAAAUAAUACACAGCAGCAUCUGAGAGUAAAGCACCAGUGUUUGCUAGUUGCUGUAAAUGUAGUGCUCGGGUUAGGAAAUGGUCUCAUAGAAGGUCAGGCUCCUUGUCCAUCUAGCUCAGUAUUGUCAGCUCUGAGGGGAGGCAGCUCAGCUCUCCAGGCUGAGAGUCUUUUUUGUGUUUAGACCCAGAGACCUCCCCCCUAAAUAAAUUCACACAAAUUUUAGUUUUGGUUUUUGGCAGAAUUUAGGCCACAACUUUAUUGAUUACAGAAGGUGAGUGGUUGCACAGGCUCUGGUUCGACUAGCUCCCUGCACCCUUGCAGGCAGCGCUGACCCAGGGCACCAGCAUAGGUCAGCCAAUGGUGAACACCUGUGUAGGCGAAAAGCUGGGAACAGACUAUGUUCACCACCCAGAUGCUCCCCUGGACUCAGGCAUGGGCACAACCCCCUCUCGAGGGUUGACCAAACCAGUUGAGUCCCUGGAUUCCUUUAACGGAAUACCCUUCACAUAGGGAUGGCAAGAGCACUCUCCCAUCCCUAUCACCAGAACCAGUGCCUAUCCACAACCUUACAAGUUGUGACGAUUUGCUACACUGCAGGCAAAACCUAAAUGGCAACAGCCAAUCAGCCAAGUGGGGAAAUUCCUGCUGUGCCCCUGUCCCAGCGACAGACGACACAUGACGGCAUAGCAAGGUCAGUCGCACAAUGCCCUAAAAUUAGGGAGAGGUAGGUGGGUGUUUUGAAUGCAUGAGCUGAAAGAGGAAGCUCUGGGUCACAUGCAUGGGUAUAUAUAGGUCCCUCAAUCCAUUUAGACUGCGCCCCAUUGGCCAGAUUGAACCCAACAUCAAGGGACCUUCCAAUUGGGUGUUGUGGCUAACCCAUCCAACCCACCCACAACACAGGAGGUCCAUCUCCAGGUCUCACCACAACACAUGCCGUCUUUUAGGGAGGACAUGAUCUGCCUCAGAGGUGGGAACAUUUACUUUAUUUCUUUUAUUAGAACACCAAGAUACACAAGCUAAAACUAUAUGCAAAAGACAUCCACUUAGAAUUAACAGGGUACCUCUGAGCACAUUCUGAGCCUAGAAAUUUGUUUUCAGUGCCAGACCUGAAUUGAACUCACAGUCUGAAUUGAACAUACUACUUCUUUAUAUAUCCCCAGAGAACUAGAGGGCCGUUUGAUAAGCUAUUUGAAGUUCUGUUCCUAUCCAUGUUCUAUUCCAACUGCUCAUAUAUGGGAGGCCCUGAAUUUUUUUAGAGUAGAGGUUGUUGUUGUUUGCUCGUUCUCCUCCUGUGCCUUUUUCUGUUCUGAUGUGACACCCAGAAACCUAAGCAAGUACAGCUGUUUCCAGCACAAGAUGGAGCAGUGGGAAAGGUUAUCUUCCUGUGCUUAGUUUUUGCAUAUCCAGCAGAUGCUUAAAGGCAAAGGAGCAGUGGCAGUAAGAAGUCGUCAACCCUAUUUGAAAGCAGAAAAAUGAACUGAAAUGCGGGGCUUUUCCAGACGCUGGCUUUUCAGAGGGUGGAGUGGGGAAAUGCCACACAGCCAUCAGUAAUCCCUCAGUUAUCCUACCUGAUGACCUAAUAGGUGCAGCUGCUAUGAGGAAAUCAGAAUAUCCCAGCAAUCAGACUACAGGGUGGCAGAGCACAAUGUUUUAUAGGGAGAAGUCCCUGGUUUAAUACCUGACACCUCGCUGCAUGUACAAAUGCUCUGACUGGGUAUAGGUACCUUCCUAGGUUCCACAAAAUGUAAAUGUAAUUGUUACAAAGCAGCUGACCAGUGGCAGAGCAAGCUGAUUGGGCACCUGGGGUGGCGCGUGUGCCCUGUGUCCGUGGGGGCAGGGUCAGCCACCCAUGGGGUGAGCCGGGGCAGGAUGCUCCACGGGGCCUCCAAGGAGUCCGCCUGUCUCCUCCCACUCAGCAGCCUUACAGCUGAGGGGGAGGUGGCGGGCGGACCGUUUGGGGCAGCGUGGAGCCUGCAGGUGCCCAAGCCACUGUGUCACUCCCAGGAGAGAGACUUGGCUUGGGCGUGCUGCAGACCCGCGGUGAGUGCUGCCCAGCAUUUUGUCACCCCCCUCAGUGGUGACACCCGGGGUGGACUGCCCCCACCGCCCCCUUUCUCCGCCCCUGCAGCUGACCCCCUUUUUGCUCUAGAAAGCACAACUGCCCUCCAUCCACCCAAAAAUGCUUUUGGGUUAUACAGUGCUAUUUUUCUAGAAAAAGAGAUGCCAGAACUCACCAUAUUUCUCCACAGGAGACAUAAAUGCACGCUGGACACAGUAGUGCUAUCUGACCAACUGAAUAUGCAAUAAGAGGCAGAGCUUCUUUUUCAAAGAGUUGUGUGCCAUUAGCCUGCGUAAUUCAAAUGAAGAAGAAAUGAAAUUCAGUCUAAUGAAUACUGAGUAAGUCACCUAAAGAAAUGCACCUUUUUAUUUUCACCAUAUCCAUUGCUCUUUUCCUUGAAUGAACUGGACAUUUGAAUGAGAUUGCCAGAAAAAAAUGUGGCUAUAUAUUUUAUGAGCACUGUUCACAUGAAAUAUUACUCCUAAAUAAGUGAAAUGUGACCCAUCUCUCAUUUUGGAUCAAGAGUUACUUGACUCAGAGUAACCUUGUUGAGACCAAACUCCUGAGGACAUAAUUCCUUUUCAUUUAUUUCAUUUUGGACCUUUCACUCAAAGGAAGAGCCUUGGAUAGGGAUGCACAAAUCUGUCAGUUUUCUUUUCUUUCACUUUCUCAUCUUUCCAGUCUUAGAUUCAGUUUUCCACAUUUCUGCCUCAGCUUGUGAUUUUAUUUUAUUUUAUUGAAAACUUCCCCCAUCCUGAAAAUUCACUAGCCUUUUUGUUCAAAUUUCUCCUGUUUAUACAAGCAGUUCCCCCUAAUAUAAUGCAUGUUAUAUACGGUUUUUCACUAAUAUGUGCAAUUUAUUGUACAUAUCCCCCUAACAGACACAUUUUUGUAUAAUGCAGAACUGCAUUUUGAGAAGUGUGACUUUAGAAGGAAAGCUCUGCAUUCUGGAAAGUGUGAAUUAAUCCUAACUGCACCAAAUUCCUCCAUCUCUUGGGUGGUUUUAGAAAACCAAUAUUCUUUUGAAAAGAUUUACUUUGGAGUUAUAGAUUCCCUUACUUAUGGGUACAACAAAGCAAAACCAAACUGCUCUCUUCCUGCUGUUUUAAAAGUUACUGUGACAUAUUUUCUUGAAUUUAUGUCCUUUUCUUAGUGGAUGAAAAAAUCCAUAGUUCACAUCGGUGAAUAAACAUGUGCUCAUUGUCUAGGAGGUAUAAUGAGUUAUAUUGUAAAUGGGUGUGUCUGUCUGAAGAGAUCAUUGAAUCACUCCUUGUAUCAUUAUUACUACACCCACAACAGCUUACUUCCCCAGGUGAGGCGUGUUUAAAAUCAGAGAUUGAAAGCACAAGAGGCCAGGUGUGGGAUUCAUGUUGACCCCAGCGAGCAAGAGGAGGAAAAAUCCCAGAGAAGAAGCAGGUAUGUUCUACAGAGUGUGGGAUUGGGAGCUGUACAUUAUCCCACUUGGCACAGCUUCUGUGGCACAACGGAAUUCUGUAUUUUAGUUGAGAAACUGCUAUUGUACUUCUAGCAGGCUGUCGAUUCGUGAUUGUGAGGAUUUAGUUACAAAGCUUGCAUUGUUUAGUCAAGUUUUGAAUCAGUUAUUCUAGGAUGCUUGCAACAUUUCCAGAAAGGUUAAGGGGGAUUUCGCUAUCCAGAAUGAAGUAGACAAAAAUAAAAAUAAAAUAAAAUAAAGAUAAACGCUGGGAACAAUAGCACACGCUGCAGGUAAAAGUUGAGAAAGUAGCUUGCUUGCUGUGUCGAUUGACAUUUAAGAGUUAUCUGUUUGCCAUGUGUUUGUAGACUGAUUUGUAAAAGAGAGCUUCAGAGGCAGCAAAUUAGUCAGUCUCUGAAAAAUAAGGUUCUCCAAAGUCCAUGUGGAAAUUUAGGGGUUUUUUUUGUUCCCCAGAGAGAAUAGAAUGAAAGAACUCAGCUGCAGUUGAUUAGUGCUUCGGAGAGAGUCUUAUCUUUUAUGUAUUUAAAGAGGUUUUAUGCAAAUGCAAAUAGGCAAAAGGUGAACUGAGAAGAAGCUAUUAUGUCCCUAAGCUAAAGAGGGCAUCUUUGAAAUAGCCACAUUUUAGAAUCAGUCUCUCACACAAGCAAGCUGGGCAGUGAAUAUUAGGCUAUGCAUAACUUUGGCCUAGUUUUGCAUAGGGUGCACAGAAAUGCAGAUGUGAGCCAUAUGAAUUGCACUGUCAGUCUUAUAUUAGAUAUAUGUCAAAGUGCAACUGAAUGCACAGUCAGAACUACAGAAAACUUUUAUUACUGAUCCUAUUGUUCCAUUUGCAUCUUCAGCGUUAGGAAUGAGCUGUGUCCCAUAAAUCAUUGUUUCUGAAUUUAAAGGGGGUUAAUGCUGAUAUGUUCCCAGGCAGCUGACAGUUUUUCCAUGACUGCAUUUCCCCAUUCACUGCCAUGAAGAAGGCAUUUGUGUUAUAUAUAUGUGCUUGUCUGUCUAUCUGUCUAUCAAGUGCUUUUUUCUGAAAAAAUGUUUAGGGGUACUCUCAUUUUCCUACUCAUAUUGAAAUACUGCCCCUUAAUGAGGCAAAACCCACAAGAUGUUUAGGGAUAUGCCCCCCCCCAAGCACUGUAUCUAUCUAUCUAUCUAUCUAUCUAUCUAUCUAUCUUGCACAAAGCUGUCUCCACCACUGAACGGACUAGAUAGCGGUCUUGGCUAGAGGAGGCCUGUGUGACAAUGUGCAUUUUAUCCCUUCCAUCUGCUUCCUUCUGCAUUGAGUUUGCACUUCUUUACAUUGCAGAAGCAACCACAGUGAAAUGGCAUAAUUGCAAACCAGUGGUACAAAGCUGGUAACCAGAGAUAAGUUAAUGGGUUGAGGGAUUGUCCUUUUCUGUGUCUUCAUCUGUGCCACUGAAUUUAUGCUUUACAUUCAUUUCAGGUGAAUUUUUAGCGUUACGAAAUCUCAGCAUCAUGUGGAUAUUUCUUUUUUUUCUGGGUAAGUGUUGGCAUUCUAAGCAUGCAUCUACCAAAAAGAAAAUGAAGUCUUUGAGAUUUGUUUUUCGUGAAAAGCACAGAGGUAAAAUCAGUUGUCCAAGAUGGUUGGAUAUAAUCUCUAACUGAAACUGGUUACAAAUUGUAUGCAUUCUACUAAAGACCACUCACAAUAAGUACUUGGUGUUAAGAUAGGGACAACCUCAUCUUUGAUAUCUACCAAAAUCAAAAUAUGCUACUGAGUAGUAGGCUGGGGCAGAAAUUAUAGAUGUAGCAGGACAGAGGCGCUUACCUGACCUCCUGGCAGGUGAGUCGCUGCUGCUUACCAGGAGGGGGAUGCAGGUGGUGCUGUGGUCUAAACCACUGAGCCUCUUGGGCUUGCUGAUCAGAAGGUCAGAGGUUUGAUUCCCCGCAGCGAGGUGAGCUCCUGUUGCUUUGUCCUGCCAACCUAGCAGUUUGAAAGCAUGCCAGUGCAAGUAGAUAAAUAGGUACUGCUGCAGCGGGAAGGUAGACGGUGUUUCUGUGUGCUCUGGUUUCCACCACAGUGUUCUGUUGUGCCAGAAGCGGUUUAGUCAUGCUGGCCACAUGACCUGAAAGCUGUCUGUGGACAAGCACCAGCUCCCUUGGCCAGAAAGCUAGAUGAGCGCCACAACCCCAUAGUUGCCUUUGACUGGACUUAACCGUCCAGGGGUCCUUUACCCCUUACCUUUCAUUUACCAGGAGGGGAACGGGGGCUGUGAGGUUGCUGUGGUGAAAACACACAAGAGAACACGCAGUCUUAGUGGAGGGAUAGCUCAGUUGGUAGAGCAUGAAACUAUUAAUCUCAGGGCCAUGGAUUCAAGUGAAAUAUUCCUGUAUUGCAGGGGUUGGACUAGAUGAACCUGAGGAUCCCUUCCAAUGCCACAAUUCUAUGAAUCUAUGAAUGAUCAGCAUAUUACUCGUAUCAGUUAAAAAGAUGGGUGGCUGUUUGACAUAAUAGCAUAAAUAGUGCUUUUGAAUAUUUAAGGUAGAUACAUUAUCUCAGUAAUCCUUUCAACAACCCUUUAAGGUGGGUCAGUAUUGAAGAGACCUGCACGUAUUGCAGAUUAGGGGCAAAUGUGUGCAGUCCUGUACAUGUCUACUCAGAAGUAAGCCCUGUUUAGUCAACUGGGGCUUACUCCCAGGAUGGGUGUCUGAGUGACCACCUUGAUGCCAUUGAGUCCACAGCAGGAAGUGAGAUUUCACAGAACCACUUCUAAUUUCUAGUUAAUUCACAACCAUACUACACCAGCUGUUACGUUAUCUCUGACGGCUUCUGGGAAACCAGCAGGUUAUACGUUGCUAUGAUGAUCUUUAAAAUCUCCUUUUGUCUUUAUUAACUGAAAUUUGGUUCUUGUUUCAUUCUAGCUUCACCACACCUCCUGGCUGCCCAGUCUACCUGCUCACAUGGAGCUUGUUAUCCACCUGUGCGAGACCUUCUGGUAGGAAGAAUCCAUCACUUGAAAGCCUCUUCUACCUGUGGACUUGUCCAACCUGAAACUUACUGCACUCCAUAUGGGGAAGUACGUAUGGCAUAAGUAUCUUUUAUUCACACAGGAAAGGUACAUUGUCUAGCAGCACUGGCUGUCGUUUUGUGUUCGCCACUGAACAGAAAUGGCAGUAUUUAAACACUAAGGGGCCUCCUCAGCUUCCCAGAAUAUGCAAUGCCUGGUUGCAGAGAAGUAUCAGAAUUUUAAUCAGGCUUAAAGGCAAGAAGUAAAAACGUUAGAUAUUUCCCAUAGGCUUCAGUUCUCCUCCAUAACACAUCCGACAGGGGCCAAGUUACAUGUUGCAACAAGCAAUAAUGUUCUGUAUGCCUUUUCUGUUUUGAUUGGUGCCCUUAUUUGGUCAGUCCCUAUGUGCCUCAGCAUCAGGGGAAAUUUAGGCUCCUCGUGUUAACUGUAUUCAUAUCUUUUUGUUUGUUUGUUUUGCCCUUGUUCAUUGAAUGUCAGAGACAUUCAGUUUUUACCUGUAGGAGUUUCUUGAUUUAGGGCCUAUGAGCACAGAGGUGGUUUUUUUUAAAAAAAAUAAUUACGUAAUUUAUAUCCUGUACAUUCCAAAUAAAUUUAUGUUCUCAGGAUACCCAACAGAGUUGUAAUUUAAAAAUAAAUAAAUAAUGUGUGCAAACAGAUUUAAUUUUUGGGGGGGCCCCCAAGAGAGUGGGGCCCUAAGCUAUAGCUUGUUUAGUUUAUACAUAAAUCCGGCAUUGAUUGCGCUCACGUUCAGCACUAAAGAUGACUCAUAAUGUAACUGUCUGGAUGUUACCUUCAAAUUUGGUCUCCCAAACACACACACUUUUCUUUGCUCUCAGUGAAGAAAAGUACAGUGGUACUUCGGGUUACAUACGCUUCAGGUUACAGACUCCGCUAACCCAGAAAUAGUACCUCGUGUUAAGACCUUUGUUUCAGGAUGAGAACAGAAAUCAUUAGCUAAAGUGGUGCUUCAGGUUAAGAACAGUUUCAGGUUAAGAACGGAUCUCCGGAAUGAAUUACCGUAUUUUUCGCUCUAUAAGAUGCACCAGACCACAAGACGCACCUAGUUUUUGGAGGAGGAAAACAAGAAAAAAUAUAUAUUCUGAAUCUCAGAAGCCAGAACAGCAAGAGGGAUCGCUGCGCAGUGAAAGCAGCAAUCCCUCUUGCUGUUCUGGCUUCUGGGAUAGCUGCGCAGCCUGCAUUCGCUCCAUAAGACGCACACACAUUUCCCCUUACUUUUUAGGAGGGAAAAAGUGAGUCUUAUAGAGCAAAAAAUACGGUAAGUACUUAACCCUGAGGUACCACUGUAGAUCAAUAGGAGAGAAGCCACUUUUUCCAUGAAAUGAAGAAGUCCACCAGGUACAUUUCCACUUUGCAUGCAAAAUGAUGCCACCUGGAUUUGGGAGGACUGGGACAUGGCAACCGUCUUCCGACUUGGCAUGCGCCAGCCACUUGCUCUGUAUCAGCUCUGCAGUUUAAUAAGUCAGUGCUGUGAAGACAAAGUGGCAACAGUUUCAUCAUCCAUCUGCCCUUCCCCCUUGUUUUGGGCCCCAAGCUUCCUGGUGUACUGUUAAUGAGGCUGUGUAUCACGUUCCUCACUUUUGUGCCAAACGGUGGAAAAGUUUUAAAGUCCUUUUUUUUUUUUUUUUGCAACCUCUGCACAGGGUAUGGGAGGAGGGGCUGCAUUCGCUUGCUUGCUUUCCUCACACUCUGCCCUGCUGGCCAAUGUGCACUGUCUGAGUCUGGUGCCAAUGAGAGAAGUGUCCCAAAGUGUGUGUUUUGUGUCCCAGAGUCUUUUGCAAUCCUGGUAAGUUCCGUGCUGAUGGAAGCACUCCAAUCCCGAGCCUCUCGUCUGCUGCCUUUGCUUUGGCUGUGAUUCCUUCUAACCUUUAUACUUUGUACCCCCACAGAGGCAGCCUCUCGCCCAGGACUAGGCAAAGUGCAGCCUCCACUUCCACUAUUGCAAAUUAUGCAAAAGGGGGCAUUAAUCCUGAUCAGUGAUUUGGAGGUGCUUGACCUCAGACUCUGGCUUGCCAAGAGAUAAAUCUUGGGUCCUAUUAGAAUCCUACAUUAGUUUCCAUCUCUUUCUCAUUCUGGGUCAAUAAAAAUGGGUUGCCAGGGUUGCCACUGGCAAGGCUGCUAUGCAUUUAACAGCCAUGGGACAGGCAGAGGUUUAACUGGUGAUGUUUUUUCUAGCACACAGAUGGAGGUGAUCUUCAGUUGAAAUUCUGUCUGUUUUGCUCCUUAAUUAAGGAAAAAGCCCUUUUAACUGCACUUUUUAACAAAGGUUUUUGAAGCAGUUUCUAAUCUUAGAGAGUAGUAAAAACCAGUCAAACAUCCAAUUUAAACCAUAGCUGGCUAUAACUUAAAGUGGAUUUGUUUUUAUUAUGUGUUAAGUUGUUGUGACUCAUCCCAAUGCAAUAAGGAGUGGGAUAAAAAUCUCCCUUAUUUUAUCUUCACAACAACCCUGUGAGGUAGAUUUUCGGCUGAGAAGUAAUGGCUGGCACAGGGGCAUUCAGUGUGGAUUGUGGCUGAACAGGGAUUGGAACCCAGGUCUCCACUCAGCGCUCUAACUACGUAGGGUUAGGGUUAAAGGGACGAGAGCCAUCACAGAAAAAAGUGGCAGCUCUGGGGGCAGAUUAUUGAGCUGACUGAAAUCAUAUAAUUAACCUCUUUCUGGUACCUGCUGUAAUGGUGCCUCCGUAAUAGGCAUGGUACCUCUGAUUGUCUUUCAAAUAGUGGUGGGAGCAUUAAAAUAUUACAGUAUGAUAGCAUUUUGGAUAGUUUCAGUGGCAGGGAGGGAAAACAUCUGAGAGGCUGGUUGAAAUAUUCCAUUUUCAAUCUUUAUGUGAAGUGCCUUCCACAGUUCCAGCUUUUUAUGGUGAGGCAGAUAAUCUUGGAGGCUUAUACAUGAACUCGCCAGUCUAACUUUCCUCAGUGUUUGUUAUAUGAGAGGCCUUGGAUAUUAAGACUGCUGUUUGCAUUAGGUCAAGGACAUCAGACUCUCUCACCAUUAUCUUGCCUGGCAGUGAGGGGGCUAUUAAUGCAUGAUAAUCACAAAGAGUGAGAAGAUGCUUUUAUCAUCUGAGAUAUGGCAGGAUAAGAGAACUAUGUCCGUGUACACACACACACACACACACACACACACACACAGUAAGCCAAGGAAAGUGUCAGGUACUGUCUGUGGGGCCCUGGGCUGGAUAGGUCCUGCGGAGAUCCCUCUGUGGGCAGGAUUGUGUGUGUGUGUGUGUGUGCGCGCGCCCACGAUUUCCGGCAUCUGCGCAGAUAUGAUUUCUGGCGCCGCGUGAGUCCCUGUGCCGCACUGCACCAGUUUAGUGCAGCACGUGAGCGGGUGGCUCGGUUUGGGAGCAGCUUGUGGGCCGGUCAAACGACCUCCGUGGGCCGCUCUGAGCCCAUGGACCUUAGGUUGCUGACCCCUGGUUACUGCCCUAAGCCUGCUUACUCUGAAACCAAUCCUAUGGAACUCAGUGGAACCUACUUCUGAGUAAACAGGCUGAGGACAAGAUUAUAAAUCAUAAAAAAGCAGGUGAGUUACGGCAAAAGAGUUACAGCAACUUUUCAAGACAGGUAGAGGUGGUACUAUACAUAGCUAUUAAGCAACUAAUCAUACUUGUUCUUCUUCUUCCUUGGCUUUUAUCAUAAGUCAGGAUGGUAUAGUGGUUAGAUGGUUGGUCUAAGACUGAGAAGAGCUGGGUUUUGAUCCCCACACAACCAUGAAGCUCAGUGGGUGACCCUAGGUCAGUCACUCUUUCUCAGCCUAACCCUUUUUGCUGGGUUAUUGUGAAAAGAAAACACGAGAAGGGGGGGGGCAUGUGCACUGCCCUAAGAUGCUUGAAGUAAGGGCAGAAUCUAAAAAAAGUGUAAUGUCAGAGCUGGGUGAAAGUGACCUCAAUUUCUUCAGCCUCUCCAGAAGCCACAAAUUUGUGGGUGUCAAUUUUGCUGGAUAUUAUCCAGAGAUAACAAGACAUUUGAAACAUUCAAAACACCCACUUCUAUAAAAAAACAAACCUGUGUCUCAUGAAACCUCAUAUAGGUUAUUAAUAUUUCCAUUUUAUGAAUAUUGAACUGAGGCAUGCAGAUAGGGAUAUUCUGAAAGCCUUUUCAAGUUUCACUUGUUUUGUGGAAAAACAUGGCUUCAACUGGCAUACUCCAGAGCACAGAAUUGGGAGCUUCCAGUAACAGCAACAAACCUUUCCACUAGGGCAUUCCUUGCUUGCAUCCCCUUUUUACAGGGAUGUGCUGUAACCUGUACAGUUCAAAUCCUUGCCGGCAUUUCCUGGCCUUUCCAUUUGUCAUCUGUUAAGGCUGUUGGUCUUCUGCAGAAGCCCAUAAUCUUCAUGUGUGUUUCUUUGCAGUGGUAAGGAGACAGCACUGUUCAGCCCAGCAUUCACAUAAGAAUGGCUGGCUGGUGUGUUGUGGUUUCUCCAAUCUGUUGCUUGAGCAGUUUCCCCUCAAAAGGUUUCUUAUGAAGAAGGGGGAGAAAGGGCUGAGUGAACAAGUCUCUGAGACAAGCGCUUGCACGUUUGCCAAAUGAAAUAGGAGUUAGGGGGAUUGCUUCAUCAGAUUCAAGCAGCACCACUCUCUAGAUUUUGAUUGCAACUUGCUACUAAUUCUUCAGAUUCUGUCCAGUCAGGGAAAAUACUAGGGUACACACCAAAAAGCUGCUUUUGGCAUUGGGUGGUAUUUGCUGAUUGGACUUACUGUGGUUGGAUGUGGAUGAUGAGGGAUUCGUUGAGUGAUUGAUUAUAUAUCGAUGCUACUUUUCAUUCAAAUGAAUUCCAAAGCAGCUUACGAUAACAUGACAGAACAUAAUAGAACAUCACAAAUACAGCAUAAAUCUCAUAGAACAAUCAACAAAUCAUAGUAAAACAAUCAGUCUACAAAACUAUGUUAAUAAAGCAACAACUAAAAAAAUAAGCUAAAUAUGACAAUUAAAGCGAAAGUCAUGUUAUACGAUUAACAAAUUGAUACAGCAGUUAAAAACUGUAAAACAAUAUAAAAAAAUAGCAACCGAAAUAUAAACUGAGCACUGCUUCAAAAGUCUGCUUAGCCAUUAAACUCAGAGGGAGACCUUUGGCGAGUCACAAACUCAGUUUGUUUGUUCUCAGUUGUACUUGUUUCUGUAAGGGGAAAAUGUUAUGCUACCCUGAGCUUCUUGGAAGGGUGAUGGGUUAUGAACGUGAUAAAUAAGCACAGGAUUGACUUUUGAGUUGUAGUCAGAGAGAUGAAAAUAGGUGAAACUAUUUGUGAGUGGGUGGGUGUGUCUCUUAAACAUCACCAAUAAAAGAGGAGAAAAGAGAAAACAGUUUUGCAUAAAAUUUGCCUGUGCUAAUUGAUAUGUAUAGAUGUAAAUUUAGAAAUAUUACUAUAAUUUAAAUAGAAUGAAUCUCACCAUAGUGGAGAGAUUGUGAUUGGGGAUCUUUUCUGCAUGUUCAGUCAGUUGCCCAGUACUGAAAGCUCAGCUGAUGGUCAAUUUCAAUGCCCCUGCUCUCACUUCUUAUGGUUCUUUAUCUAUACAUUAAAUUGGAUUUGGAUUGGACAGCUCUUACAAACAGAGGGCUGCCCUCUCUAAAAGAGGACACAGGGCCAUCCUGAGCAAAACAGUUGUCUGAAGGAACUGAAAAACUGGUAACAACUUAUGUGUAUAAAUGAUAAUAUUAAGAUAGGCUGGUUUUUCAAAAGACCUUCAGGCACUUAAGCUGUCCUGGUGCCCCUCCUGGCUGUGGUGGCACUGCUGUUCACCAGAACUGUGACAGAGCACAUAGGUUGCGGGGGGGGCACCAAGUUGGCAGCAGUGGCAGGUGCAAGUGUGCCAGAGAUUGGUCCCAGAGAGUGGCAGCACCACUGCAGCUGGAGGAUGGGGCAGCGGUGAUGCCUCACCUCAUGCAGCCUGACUGAACCUAAGUUGAUACUUUGCAGGGAAUCAGGACUGCUACCUUUCUCCUUAUUUAAGUCCCAUCCUUUGCAGCUGUAUGACUUAUUUUACUUCAGAUAAUGCCAUGCUACCUUUCAGGGCGAAGCCCUUCUGAGAUGCCUCACACACCUAGCAAAGUCUUAGGGCUAAGAUAUGGCUGUUUUUAAGCCUGAUACCAAGCAAAUUUACCUUUCAAAGUUCAUACGGUGACUAUAUAAUGCAUGCACUGUUACAGUAUGUACUGUGUGAGUCAUUCCACUCUGGCACAUCGAUUAGCGGUUUACAUACACAAAGUGUGCACUGUUACUAAUUUCCUGCUGCCCUCAAAUGCUCCUGCCUCGUAUAUGUUUGUUUAAGGCAUAUGCUGUUAACUUGAUUAUUAGAUCAGCUGGUAAAUCUGACUUUUAAUCAGGGGAAAGCAGCAAACUAAAUGGUAUAAUGUUGAUUUAAACAGCUUGAUUUAUACAGUCCAUUGCUCUUGAAAGGACGGCGCUUGUGUCCUUGCAUGGCAUCUCUUAAAAAUGUCAGCCUAUAAAUCGCAUAACAGGGCCCUCAUGGGAUUGGUUCCAGACGGAGCUGAAAUCAUUACGGCAUGCAGAGUUAAGAUCAAUUCCAGCAUUUUUAAAGGUACUUGAGUUAAGAUUACAGGCUGUUUCCCCAUUCUCUGUGCAACAUACUGGGAACGAGCCAAGCUCAUUCUUCUAAUUUAAGUGAGGCCUUGUCAACAUCACUGUGUUAGAGGCAGUAUCUCUAAAUGGGCAUGCCAAAGCUGCAAAAUAAGUUUUCCACAGGCACUGUGCAUGAGCGAUAUGUUUCAAGGUGGGGCUGAGACGAGACUGUGUGGCUACAAGUAUGUGUCAGGGAGUUUAAUCUUUUUUACGGUAGUGGAAUAACCAAGAAUGCAUGGUGUAUAGUUGGUGAACAUAAGAAUAGCCUGCUGGAUCAGGCCAGUGGCCCAUCUGGUCAAGCAUCUUGUUCCCACAGGGGCCAACCAGUUGCCAAUGGGGCACCUGCAAGCGGGACAUGAGUGCAACAGCAUCCUGCCCACCUGUGAUUCCCAGCUGCUCAUAUUCAGAGGCAUGGCUCCUCUGACAGUGACAACAUGGAACUAAAGGACAAUAGGGAGCUUGUAGUCUUCCAGCUGUAGCUGGACUACAUUUGCAGACCCCUACCACCCCUGGCCAUUGGCUGUGCUCACUGGGGCUAAGGUGAGCUGGAGUCCCACAACAUCUGGAAGGCCAUAGGUUCCCCAAGGUUGGAUCAAGGGGUCCCUCUGGACUGUUGUUUAUUUGCAGGAGUAGUCUGCAACAUGUCAUUGAUAGAAUGCAGCAGUGGUGGAGUGUUUAAGAGGUUCCUGUUAGAAUGGUUCCUGUUCACUCACUACUUGGUUUUGCAGUUUUGGCUGACAGCAGGUGAACAAAGAAACAUGGCUAUACAUUUUGCACAGCAAUAACCGUUUCUCUCAUGCUCCAGCCUAAGAACUCCAGCACCUCAUGAUAUUUUUUUUGGGGGGGAGACUUCUGCCAUUUGUUAUGUUGAGCUUUUAGGAAUGCAUGCUUAUCACUGAAAGAAUAUUUCAAAUUACUCAGUAUCACUUUAUAAGCACCCAGCUAUAUUCAGGGUUGAGCAGAUAUUGUGCAUUCCUGGGGCUAGUAUCAAUUUCCUGGAAAUCUUGUGUGUAAUUUUCUCUCUUGCCUCUGUCCAUUUCAUACAGUAGGAACUGCUUUUGUUGCCACAUGACAUUUUUCCUACAGGGAUAUAAUUUUCUGUUCAGCGAAAAGUAUGUGUGCAUGACAGUACACACGUUUUAUAAUAAACAUGCAUGCUGGGAAACCAGUUAGUACCUUGACUUUUUUUUUUAAAAAAAAGCAAUGGUAGCUAUGGGGAGGGAAUUAAUGGGAUAAUAUAACAUCAUCUUUGACACCCUGGAUGGCAUUCUUGGCCAACACUCCCCUUUCUUCACAGAGAUGCAAAGUAUCUGAGAGCUCUAUUUUUGGAGCUGUCUUGUAUGAUGCGACUUGAUGCUAUAUUUUCACUGGACUUAGGCAUAUAAAAAGUGUAUUGUGUAACCCAGCUUUAAUGGAUGACCUUGCUCUGGGCUGAAAUAUAAUUCCUCACAGUCCAGAUCCUGCCAAUUCUUGAUAGAUCUUUUCACUCUCUCUUUUUCCGAAAGUCUUAAGUAGCAUCCCAGCUCCUCCCUGACACAUUGAAGCCAACAGUGAACAGUUCCAUUAAUAGCACAAAUGUAAGGCCAUAGAAAUCUUCAAUUUGAGAAGCUGGUUAUUGACAGGCUGGGAUUGAGAGAUAAGGCCAAAUACGUGACCAUGAAGUGCCCCAACCAAGCACCAAAGGUUUACACAUGGGCUUUCUCAUGCUAGAGGAAGCAGAAUGGAAGGGUAUCUUUGCUGAGAUGUUGCAAUUCCGCCUUUGGUUUAAUAUGCACCCACAUGUUCCAUUAACUGGAGAGACUAUACAUAUAUUUACUCACUAAGUCAGCUUAAUAUUCUCUCCUUGAGGCGAAUGACCUUCCUUCAGUUCCAAGGUCACUGGGAUAAACAAUGUGCAAGUUCAUCUGAGGAAACAGGCCUCUGUGGAAGUGCACAAUGUGGGUGGGGGUGAGUGUUUUUUGCAGCAGCUCAGCUAUUUGCCUUGCAUUAUAAUGCAAGUGAUCUGCUACAGAGAGGCACAUAAUGCAAAAAGCACCCAAACAGUCACACAUAAAACUGCUAUAAGGAGCUUGUAUGAACUUUGUACUUGGACUAAAGCUGCUUGCAUUCAUUCCUCCUCCUGCCUCUCUCCUCACUGCUUGACUGCAUGUUUAAUUAGGGUUUAAUUGGGAAGAGCCCCAGUUUGGUUUGGGAUUCAGCCAAAUUGGGGGUACAGCCCUGCUGUUUUAUCCUGAGUAUAGUUCUGCUGCUUCAUGUCCAGCUUUCAGGAAUUUCAGCUUUUCCUGAAAUGUUCUUACCUUACUGGGUAUUCCUUUGCCACAUUUUUACACAGGACGUUUGUUUGUUCUUUAAAAUAGGCUUUCCUCUUGGCUGCCUAUUUUGCAGUACCACAGCAAUUGAUUUGCCAGCUAGCCAGAAAAGAACAACAGCAGCAACCCUGGCCUAGUCUGUCCCUUCUGGGCUUUUUGCUGGCAUCUGAUAUAUAGAAAAUCAGCCCUGGAGUCUUUUCAUAGCAUGGAGCUAAAUAUUAUCACAGGCGAAAUUGCUGCAGCUCAAAUUGCUCUUAAAGGGACAGUGUAAAAACUGGUGAAACCCCACAGAGCUCUCUUUCACCCCCUGCCCAAUUUGUUUACAUCUCAGAUGCUGGGGAGCACGGCUAUAUGCCCCGCAGAGCCCUCCUUUUGAAAGUUCCUCUAUUUGAAGGGCUGUCCAAUCCAUGUCCACCUUUAUAGAAAAAGAACCUGAAUCCUGGUCAGACCAAAGUGCUGGGGGUGAAUGGGGCAAAAUAUGCAGCCAUGCAACUUGCUCAGUGUUGAACUUGCUCUAAGACUAUGUAUCUUAUGAUGCCGUGUUAUCUCAGUGCAAAAGAAAAAAUUAGGGGGCCAACAUUCAGCUGGAAGACAAAGUAGUGAAUUAUGAGGGUGGAGCUGGAUGAAUUCCAUGGAUCUGUCCAUGGUAAUCCACUCCUUGCUGCAAGCAUGAUGAUCUAACUGUCUUGAUGGUUCUGACUCAUCACCUCACAGACAUUUAUCUGCUCAGCUGGACAUACAACCUAGAAUUAAGGUACCUGCAUGAACAAGAAUACUUUUUCACAGUUUCCCCCCUAUUCAGAAGUGGACUCUAUGCGUGGAAUUUAUAACCUUUGAAAACCAAGCCUUUUACAUCACUUCCAGAUCUUUAAAGCCUGGUUGAGCUGUGAUUUGCAACUGGGGAGUUUGGGGCCUGGGGGAAGCCCUCCUUCUCCAUGCCAUUUCCGUCUCCCGUAUCUCCCUUCCCCUGAUUGCUUUCCCUUGAAUUUAGGUUCAACACUCAAGCCUGCCCUGAAAACAUGGAUCUAGAGUGGGUGUGGGGAACCUCACCCUCUGGGUGCUGCUGAACUACAACUCAACUGGACAUACAACCUAGGGUCAAGGUACCUGCAUGAGCAUGAAUACGUUUUCACCCUGGCCAUGUUUGCUAGGGCUGAUGGGUGUUGUAGGUCAGCAGCAUCUGAAGGACCAAAGGUUCCUCACUCCUAAAAGUAGGCUGGUAGGAGGGAGUUCCUCUCCAAAACUUUGUUACUGCUAGGUCUAUAAAUUUGCAUAGGAGAAACAAAUAGCCUGGCAUGAGGCUCAAGUGCACUGUGCAGUUCUUCUAAUCAUAGGUUAAAUCUGAGAUGGAGAACCUGUGGACCACAGCUCCUGUCAUCCAUGGCCACUGGCUGAUAGGAGUUGGAGCCCAGUAACAUCUGGAGGGUGCCAGGUGCCCCAUCUCUGGGUUAGGCAAACACUUGGAGAGAAAAUAGGCAAUGUAAAGGUCUGAAUAGGCAAUGAGUGAGAUAUUAUAUUGCACCCUUCCCAUGGGAUCUCUUGGUUCCAAUUGGCUACCAAAGGCAACAGAAUGAAAGAAGUUGACAAAUGUUCCCCACUCUUCCUUAUCUCCUGGUGAUAGGGAAGAGUAGAGGACAUUGGUUCAGGAGAUCUCCACCAUUUUUCUCAUGAGUAGGCCCUUCUCUGUUCCUGGCAAGGGGACUAGCCGGCAGCUUCAUGUCCUCUCCUUCCUGGUCAGCUGCAAGAAAAACACAACUUUCUGUGGCCUCUGUGGUUAGGCUACUGAGCCCUCCACAGUUUGAGUUGUUUCACCUCCUUGAUCCUCUUGCCCUCAAUUCCUGUGUCCCAUAGCCUCAGUACAGUGGGAAUACUGUUUCCUGAGCCUACCCUUCAUAUGCCUAUAUUCUUGAUCAUAGAGAUUGUGCCCUGUUCAUUUAGCCACAACCACACUUGACCCCGAAUAAGUGGCGAGUAAGGGAUUUGUGCAUUUCUGUCAAAUGUCAGCCUUCCCAGUUGUGAUGUGUCCAUUAUAUCUGGCAGCCAAAGUGAUCUGUAGAGAUCUUCCAAAGCAGGGUGACCUUCAGUUCAGCCAAAAUAAAAUCCAUAGUUUUAGUUUAUGGGGCAGGGACCCUAUCUUCCCAGAGGAACUUUGAGACACACACCUCCUCAUGAAAGCUGCAGUUUCAACAAUGGGCAGAAAAUACCCUCCAAAGCAGUGGAAAGGUUACACAGCUUGCUCAAGAAAGCAAACGUCCCAUGCGUCUGCCCCCAGUGUUAAUUUUAGCCUCCCCAAAUAUUGAAAAAGAGCACAAUUUCGACACUGUGGUGGGUUGCCACAUGAAAUGAUUAUUUCAGGGUCCAAGUGUUUCAGUGUCUGGGCAUGAAGGCAUCCAAACUUGGUAGGCAGCACAUCUGGCAUUAGCGUGAUCUUGAUUUGAGGGAACGCAAGGUCCUGCUGGAAUUCUAGCAAACUUUUUGCAUAGUAUAUUGUGCUAAGCAAAAACGGGCAAGAUUUUGAAGGGUUCCAUCUUUGUGAGAGAGCCUGGGAGAAGGACAAUCUCCCUUGGUGUUUCAGUACAUACCUUAUUCACGUUUCACUGAGGGAAACUCAUACAACAAUGGCAGGAGCAGGGGUUUAAAACUGUAAGGAGAAACCAGUGAUGGGAGCAAUCUUCAGCUAUUGUCCUGCUCCAUUUCCUCCAGCCGGUCUGUGUUUCACCUGUGGCCAGGUGAAAGCUGCUGGCACCAGAGGAAGAGAUGAAGCAUUGGAGGCUGUGCUGGAUGGUACCUGCACAUUUCUGAGCUCAUUGCACAUCGUGCUGGAAUGCUGGAAACAACAUACAAAACCCUGGAUCAUCAAGACCACGUGCAAGCUAAGAGUUGCAUCCCAGCAUCCUCUGUGAUAUUAUAGGACCAGAGUAGACAACAUGGUGCCCUCUACACACUGUAGAGUCCAACUCCCAUCAGCUCCAGCCAGCAUGGUCAGGGAUGGUGGGAUUUGUAGUGUGGCAGCAUUUGGACAGUACUAUGCUGGCUAUCCUUGUUGUAGGGGAUGCUGGGGUAUAUCACCCCUAGCUAGCAAGGCCAGAGCUCAGGGAUGAUGGGAGUUGUAGUCCAACAACAUCUGGGGACCCACAGGUUGAGAACCGCUGCUCUAGUGCAUAGAAUGUGGCAAAAAAAUAUGUUUAUAGCAGAUGUCCGUCUUUCCUUACAGGAAACUCCAUAGUAUUGCGGGACAUGUCAUGGGUAUGGAGUUCAGAGGGACAGCUUUGAUAGUAAAUUAAAACUGAUUGGGUUAGAUAAGAGUAUGCUAGAUGAAAGGUUCCUGUCCUAAAUAUGAACCUUGUAACAGGUAUUGCUGAGCAAUGAUGAAUGAGCUGAGAGUCCAUUAUAUUGAACCUCUGCACCUGUGUAAAGGCCAUAGACUUCUAUAACUGCACCCUCUGCCUCUGCCUCCCCUCUAAAAAGCUCUUUUUAGAGGGGAGGCAGGGCCCACUGUGUGACCUUGGGCCAGUUUCAGUCCCUACCUCACAGGGUUGCUGUGCAGAUGAAAUGGGUGGAGAACUUUGAGCUCCAUGGAUGAAAGGUAGGAUAUAAAAAUGUAAUCAAUAAAUAGGCAUCUGCUAAGUCACUAGAUAGCCUGGUUGUUGUUGUUUUUAAAAAAAUUCUUUAAAUAGUCAGGACUUAACCGGAUCUGUCAUCUUUUAGUAUUUGUUUGCCAAGUUGGGACUGAAGUCUCUUUAAGCCAUUUGUGCACAAAACCAUUAGGGGAUAUCCAGGCCUGCUUCUUGAAUUACUCACUCCAGCUGAGGGAUGACAUUUGCUCGGCUUGACUUUCCACCUAGUAACCUUUCACCCACUGAAGCUGCCUAACCUCUGCUUGACUCUUUUUUGGGGGAGAGGGUGUUAAAGGGUCUAGGUUCAAACUAUCUUGAGAUUUAGAUAAAGGUUCCUUUGUUUGCCCAAAUGAAACAUCCCACCACAAAAGCUUGACCAAGCCCUGCAAAGUUGGGUACUUGUGGCUAACCUUCUGCUGCAUGGCAAAUAUUGUCACAGGGACAUUUUUGGCGGUUUGAAGACUUCUCUGAUUAAAUUGAAGGUGCGAAUUUAAUCUUGUGUACCAAACAAAGGAUAUAAACUGGUGAGCCAGAAUGUACUGUUCUCCUUUGUGUUUAGGGGGAUCUGAAGUUGAGCAAAUACUAAGUGGCCACAUGUGAAACUGGGGGAAAGAAGUCCAUUUUCACCAUAGUUGAACAGUGGGUGUUCACCCCUUGAUCUGAAGCCCAUUCUUUUUCUACUCUGUCAUCCUUUAAACUAUGCAACUAGUAAAGUCGCUCUAUAACUUCAAGGCUUUUUUUGUUUUAAAAAAUCUGUUUCUUGACAAGCUUGACAUUUCUUGACAAGCUGUCCAAAUUUCGGAGUGUAGCAGUGGUUACAACCCAUGUCUUUCUACCCUUUUGCUCAUGCCCUUGGACAUCAUUCUCCGCAUCAGGGAUAGGGAGCAUGUGACUCCCCUGAUGUUGCUGGACUACAAUUCCCACAUCCCUGACUAUUGGCCAUGCCACCUGGGGCUGAUGGGAGUUGAAGUCUAACAACACCAUGAGAGUUGCAGGCUCCCCAUCCCCGCUUUACACUCUAGAGCAGCCUUUUUCAACCUGUGGGUCCCCAGAUGUUGUUGAACUACAACUCCCAUCACCCCUAGCUAGCAAGGCCAGAGCUCAGGGAUGAUGGGAGUUGUAGUCCAACAACAUCUGGGGACCCACAGGUUGAGAACGGCUGCUCUAGAGUUUCCUUUAUCUCUACUGUACAGUGGGCUAUAGAAUAUUUUUGGCCAAUAAGUAGCAAACCUUAAACCCCAAAGCAUCCCAUGAAGAAGGAUGUCAAAUCUAUCCGGCAUAGCUUCAGCUCUUAGAUCUACUUAGCAUUGGUCUCCUAAAUCUAGAGUUCCAGUAACGUAAUCUCAGAGGUAUUGAACAACCCAAGAAGAAGGACAUACUUCCUAAUUGGUAUUGAUUUUUAUUUUAUUUAAAACAUCACUAUACUGCCCUUUAUCAGUCAGGCAAGGAUGGUACGUAACAAGGUAAAACAGUUCCAGGAAACUCGGCUGGUUAAAAUACAGUAAAAAUACACCAAGUGGUAAGAUCUAUUAAACUAUGCUCGGCUUUUCUUGAGGUUUGAGUGGCAUCCUUACUUGGACUUUUGGGACACCUUUGUUAUGUUCAGUUUUGAGCUUUUUUUAUAUGGUUGUGUGCACUUCUCUCUCUGUGUGUGUAUGUGGUCCUCAACCUUCUGUCUUCAAAGUUUGGUGAAAUUUUGGUUUUUAUAAUGGAAAAAAAAAAUAUGAAUCAUAGAAUCAUAGAGUUGGAAGAGACCACAAGGGCCAUCGAGUCCAACCCCCUGCCAAGCAGGAAACACCAUCAGAGCACUCCUGACAUAUGGUUGUCAAGCCUCUGCUUAAAGACCUCCAAAGAAGGAGACUCCACCACACUCCUUGGCAGCAAAUUCCACUGUCGAACAGCUCUUACUGUCAGGAAGUUCUUCCUAAUGUUUAGGUGGAAUCUUCUUUCUUGUAGUUUGGAUCCAUUGCUCCGUGUCCGCUUCUCUGGAGCAGCAGAAAACAACCUUUCUCCCUCCUCUAUGUGACAUCCUUUUAUAUAUUUGAACAUGGCUAUCAUAUCAGCCCUUAACCUCCUCUUCUCCAGGCUAAACAUGCCCAGCUCCCUCAGCCGUUCCUCAUAAGGCAUUGUUUCCAGACCUUUGACCAUUUUGGUUGCCCUCCUCUGGACACGUUCCAGUUUGUCAGUGUCCUUCUUGAACUGUGGUGCCCAGAACUGGACACAGUACUCCAGUACUCCACAGUACUCCAGGUGAGGUCUGACCAGAGCAGAAUACAGUAGCAGUAUGAGAGAGAGACAUUGCACACACCUUUGUAAAUCAAGAAAAUCUUUAAUAAAAAUACAUUUUAAAAAAUGGACAUGAAAAGGAAAAGCUUCCACAGUGCAAUAGCAGAUUCCAUGCUUUGCCUGCAUGAAGUUCUACGUUCGAUCACUGGCGUUCCCACAUCAAAACAAUAUGGGGUAUCAGGGCUAGGAAAAAGCACUCCUGCUUUGCACCCUUGAGGGUCCUCAGCAGCAACAGGAGACACCACCAUCACUAAGUUUAUUAACUCAAAUUCCCCACAAAAACCAAAUGGCAGGUAAAAAUGAUAGAAUACAUGCAAUUGGCAAAUAUGACAGGGAGAGUUAGAGGAUAUCUGAUGCAGAAGGUGAAUAAAGAAAGGAUAGUAUUUAAAGAGUACUUGAAAAAUGGUUGUGAUAACAAAAAUCUCUGGGCAGACCUUGAGUGAUUCUUGUAAUAUAUUGGUGACAAAUAAUAUAACUUUUUGUAAAGAAUUGGGGGGGGGGGAGAAUAACAAGGCACUGUGGGUAAAAUAACAAAAUAAUAAACAGUACAAUGAGAAUAAUCGGAAGUAUAUUUUAUUUAUUCCAUCUUUUGUCUUCUAUCUUUUGUUUUCUUCUUUUUCUUUUUUUUUGUAAAGUAUGUGUAUGUAGGUUGUAUAUUUUAUAUUAUUGUCUAUUGAUGUGUAGGUUGAUGUUCAUUGUUCAAUAAAGUUCUAUUUAAUAUAUAUUUUUUAAAGUUUAUUAAUUCAAAGUGAACAUUUUCUUCUUUUCUGGAUUAUCCAAGGUGCACCGUAUGGCCAUGCACCUGACUUCUGAAUUUACUUAAAUUGAAAUAAAGGUUCUUAUGAGAGCCAGUGUGGUGUAGUGGUUAAGAGCGGUAGUCUCGUAAUCUGGGGAACCGGGUUCGCGUCUCUGCUCCUCCACAUGCAGCUGCUGGGUAACCUUGGGCGGGUCACACUUCUUCGAAAUCUCUCAGCCCCACUCACCUCACAGAGUGUUUGUUGUGGGGGAGGAAGGGAAAGGAGAUUGUUAGCCGCUUUGAGACUCCUUAAAGGGAGUGAAAGGCGGGAUAUCAAAUCCAAACUCUUCUUCUUCUUCAUAUCCAACAUUUGCUGUAUCAUAGAAGCCCAUCACACCUCGCCCCCCCCAAUGUCUUCUAUCCAGGCAUUGGCCAGACACAGACCUGCUAAGCUUUAGCAAGGUGUUGGCUUCAUGGAAAUCCCUUUUCCUAGGCAUCCUAAUCUGAUAGUCACCUUUUGUCCUUUUUUAGUGGCAAAUGAAAUGUUGCCGAUGUGAUUCCAGAAAGCCUCAUGUAUUCAACAGUCACCGGGUAGAAAAUGUCCUCUCUUCUGCAGGAAAUACACGCUGGUGGCAAUCCAAGAAUGGUAAGCCUCUGCCUUGCUUAGUGGGCCUUCAAGAAAACCAAACAAACACUGUGGACGUGCUCUGGACAAUGUCUUGGUUGGAUAGCAUAGAAUAGUAAUGAUAAGUUGAGUGGGGCAAGGGUUGUGUAGAUUCAGCAAACAGGGCUUGGGUUUCAGUGGAUUAAAUGCAAAGGGGAAAUGGAUGACCUGACUAAUGGGAAAAUCCGUUUGCAAUUUUGUUUUCACAACCUGCUAUUCUAAAAACUGCUCUUGUCUUUCUCUUCAGAUGUGAAUCCUGUCUUUCUCCAACUAGACUUGGAUAAAAAGUUUCAACUUGAUAGCAUCUUGAUGGAUUUCAGGGUAUGUGAAUAAUAACUCUUACACUAUUUACUGGGGGUAUAAACUUGAAUUCAGAUGGCCUUUGUUUUUUGUUUUUUUUUUAAAGUAAUUUUUAUUAAAGUUUUAAACAACAACAAAAAAACAACACACACAAAAACCAACACAAAAUUCAACAAUAAAAAAAAACCAUAACAAUUAAAAACAAUAUCUCUUUUCCAUUUCCAUUUUUAAGUUACUUAUUUUCUGGACUUCCUCAUACCUCCCUCUUUUGUAUUCCAAUCCAAAUUAUUUGUCCAGCAGUUUCUUUUCCACUUUUUUAAUCCCAAUCUUUAGUUUGAUAAAAUAUUAAAAUAUAUAACUGAAUUCAGAUGGCCUUUGGAAGCUUAGCUGAAUAUUAUCAGGAUUCCAGAUACAUUACAUACAUCAGUAGUUUUCAACCAGUGUGCCAUGGCACUCUGGAGUGCCUUGAAUGGUGGUCAGGGGUGCCGUGGGCAACACUGGCCUCUGUCCCCCUUUCCUUCCCUCCCUCCUCUGAUGCCCUCUUGUGUCUCUGCCUCCCAAAGGCUUGUGCAGCUGUUUGUUGCAGCAGCCCUGGCUACAAGCGCCCCAGGCGAAUGGUGCCUCUAGGUCUGGUUGGGGGUUCUGGUUGCCAGGAGCUGAGGCGGCAUCAGAGUAAGCAAGCAAGUUGGUCAAGGGAGCCCAGCCAGCCAGUCCACCAGCCCUUGUUUUUGGGAAUGGACAGACAAGUCCUAUGCCCCUGUGGGGCAGUGUGAGGAGGCACAUCUCUUUGGGGCAGGGAGGGAUGCAACUCGGAGACCAGGGGCGGCAGCAGAGGUGCCCAUAGCACUCCCAAGGAGAGAGGAGAAGAGGUUGGGGGAACACCUCACAAGGGAACGGUGUUCAAAAAAGGGUGAGAGGCUGCCAGCUCUGCAGGCAAGGGGUGACAUAACUGGGUUCCUGAGCCCCAUAGGGGCACCACAGAAUGGAUGUAGUUGACCAAGGGAGCUGUGGAUUCAAAAUGGUUGAAAACCUCUGCAUACACUAUUAUUAUUUUUUUUAAAAGAUAUUUAUUCCAAUUUUAAGAUUACAAAAAAGAAGAAAAAACCAUACAAAAUAGAAUAGAACAUAUAACAAAAAACAGACAGUAAGAAAAACUCAACAAAAAAUAUAAAAAUACAUUACAAUAAAAUAUAACAAAAAUCAAAUUAAACCUUUACAACCUUUUUCCCUUUUACUUAUUUCCGUGACUUCCUCUCACCUCCCCGCUUUGUAUUCUAGUUUAAAUCGUAUUUCCAGCAAAUCCUUCUAACCUUCUUUUCAUUUACUUAUUUUAACAUUCAAUAAUAUAAUUAAUCCUCCUCUAUCCUCAAUUUCUACACUUCAUUUUUACUUAAUCCAUUAUGUCAUAUCUGCCAAAACGACCUAAUAUUCUUUUUCCAACCUCUUUCUAACAUUCUUUUAUGUUGCAGUAUUUUUGAAGAUAUAUUUUAAAUUUUUUCCAAUCUUCUUCCAUCGACCCUUCUCCCUGGUCUCAAAAAACCUCUGCAUACACUAUUAUUAUUCUGCUGGCUUAGGCUGCAUCCAAUUCCAAUCCAUUGUUUGUUAACGUUUUCAAAAAGAUACAAGGAAAGGAGGAAAAACCUACAUUAAAGAAACUGCAGAUUUUCAAGAAGAAAAUCAAUUGUUAAGUUCAGAAUCAAGCACAACAUUAAGCAUUUUUGUUCCAUGUACAUUUGCACCAAGUAUAUUGUGAUGUGUUAAUUUUAAUUUUAUGGGGGAGAAGGCACAAUAACACUGAGGGGCACUGGAAAGACCCUUAUGUCAGGUCUGACUAUUUGUCCAUUGAGCCCAUGUCAUCUAUUUCUUUGGCAGAGAUCUUCCCAGUCUUCUUUUAUGUGAGCCUUUUUUACCAGAGGUGUGAACUAGGGAUUUCACUUGGGAUGGUUUGCAUGCUCUGCCUUGGAGAAAUGGCCUGCUCCUUUGAAGUAUAUCUUCCUCUAUUUUGGCAUGUCCAGUCCAGUCCAGUCUGCUUUGAUACCUCUUUCCCUCUGUCCCUCCAGAGUCCUCUGCCCACUGGCAUGGUGAUUGAGCACUCUACAGACUUUGGCAAAUCCUGGAAGAUUUAUCAGUACUUGUCCACAGAUUGUGCCACUUCGUUUCCACGGAUCUCUAGAGGUCUCCCUCAGACCUGGCAGGAUGUGCGUUGCCAGGACAUCCAGACUCAAGCGCAGAACGGGGGAAAGGUAUAGCAAAUGUGAUGCUUAAUGGAUUUCACCAGACUUAAGACUUCUAGGUCCUAACUAGUUUGACAACAGCCAUCCCCAGAGUGACUUUACUGCACUGUGAAGGCACCUGGCUUCCACUCUUCCAGGUGCAGAUCAACAAAUGCCAGAGGGCCCAGCAAGCCCUUUUUGUGGAGAAUUGGUAGCCCCUUCCAAUCUAGCUGCUCUAGGGCACAGAAGAUUUCAGGUCUCUGGGGUCAAUUUCUUAAGAGACAUGCUAGCUCAGGAAUCCACCCCCUGACUUGGAAAAACUGCCCUCUGGUGCAUGUGGGGAAGCUGUUGAGUAACAUUAAUGAGGUGAUAUUCUGUGUUAGAGAUGCUUUCCCUCCAGCAGUGGUUUCAAUGAAAAUGUUGGCAGGUGGGUGUGGCAACCCACUUGUCAAACAUCUGACAUCAUAGCAACACCAGGUGAUUGUCAGGUAAAUCUUCCUAUGUACUUAUCAAAGUUGGCCUGUAGGGCAGGGGACAGAUCUGCCCGCCCUGGGGUGGUGGUGGCAAAAAGGUUCCCCAUCCAUGUUCUAAAUCAUACAGGGAGUCUAUCUAGACAAGGCUUCUCACUCCAGAAGUUAUCGCAUAAUUCAGCCUGGAGGAGCUGCACAACUUUGUUUAAUAUGCAGUCCCACAAGUGCUUUGUUUCAGUGCUUCCCUUCCAUGUGAGUAAUGCAUGAAGCAGGCUUGUGUUAUGGCUUUCUUUAAAAGGAAAAAAGUAUUGUGGUUUAAAUCUGUUUCAUGGGAUUUUAAUUGCUGCCGCCACUUUUUGGCAAAGAGAGGGAGGGAGGGAGGAAGUAUCACACAACCCUCCUUUGGUGGGUGAAGAGACUAUAGUCUUCCUUGUAGCAGUAAUUGGGUGCAAAAUCGCCAUUUUAGUGCUAAUGUAAAUAAGCAUUUGCCUAACUGGGAAGUGCCGUUGAUAGUUUUUAGAAUGACAGGAUAGAAAAUCCCAUGCUUUGACUGCCAUCAUUUUUUCCUCCUCUGUUCUUCUAAGGUUGAGUUCAACCCCAUUGGUCUUGCAUCUGGGAUGAGGACACCUCAAAGCCAAAAAAUCAACAGUAUGUACAUAUUAUUUGUGUCUGCUGGGGUGGGGUAGGGGAAGCUUUUGGGGGAUUUCAGGGAGCAGAACUUGUUUAGGCACCCAAGUGGAUGGUUUAUAAAAUCCGGUGCCUGAGCUCACUUUCCUGCUCCUCCUUCCGCAUCCCCUUUCCCUUGUUUGCCCUAUUUUUUAGAUCAUCAGCCUGAGGGCAGGUCUUAGAAAUGAGCUUUGUAAGCUGCUCUGGGAGCCUUUUAUGCUAAAGAGCAGGGUGAAAAUUAUUUAAAUAAAUUUGACUCCUUCAUAUACCAAUGGGGUCAGUGAUUUAAGGUUCCUGUGUCUUUUGUGCUGAUCUGCAUCUGACUCCAGUCCUGACAGCCUCACUCAGACUUUUGGUGUGCUCCUCAGUGCCAGGUGGCAAGUGGUGUGAGCUUUUUAAAGGUCCACCUGGCCUGGCAGGUGCCAGUGAUGUUUGGUCCUGGGAGGCCCAGGCACUUGCCCAAGGAUCACAGUUGCUGAUGCUGGGCUCAGUUUGUUAAAUGUGGUUAUUGGGACCUAACAGUUUGUUUGUACUUCCAUGUAUUAAGAGGAAAACCACAUCCAACGGAGUUUACAUCUCCCUUUCUCACUUGGUCCUUGUCCCAGGAGCUAAAGGCUUUAGGUCCCAUCUCACUGUGUGUGUGUGUGUGUGUGUGUGUGUGUUUUCUUUUGUUUCUCUUUCUCUUGUCUCCAAAAGAUCUGGGCCAAUUCACCAACUUGAGAAUCAACUUCACCCAGCUGUCGCGUCCUGUGCACCAGGGGUACCGCACGCCCAGUGCCUUCUAUGCCUUGAAUGAGAUGCAAGUGAAAGGGAGCUGCUUCUGCCAUGGACAUGCAGACCGCUGUGCUGCCCUGGACGCUGCUUCUGCAGGACACAAUGUUAUGGUGAGGGUGAGGACGGGGAAAGGUUGCUACAGAUCUAUGUAUAUCAGUUCUAUUCUUCCCAGUUCUAUUCUUAGAUUCUCGCAGGCCUGCUCUGCAACCUGACCUCUCUCGACGGUUAAAUUUGUCCUUACAGGUUUGUAGCGAUACACCAGAAGCCCUCUGUGCUUUUGGAAAGCAGAUAGUGUUUCCUUGUAUUAUGCAGAGUGCAAGUGACCGAGAUGAUAAAGGUCUUGCCAUCUUCUCUGCCUGAGCCACAAAAAGAAGGUAGUUUGGCGUAGCACAAAGGCCAACCAGCCUGCUUCAAAUUGCAUUUCUGACUACCUUUAAAAGGUCAAUGACCAGCUGCCCUUGGUUGGGCUUAGUAAGGCUGCUCAGCGUGCAGCUACUAGCUUCUUUCUAACUGGGCUUCUGGGGCUGCCCAGAGGGCUAAUAGGGAGGGCAGAACAGAGAGUGGUGUACAUUUUCUUCUUUGCACAUCCUUCAUUCUGUAGCUCAUAUCCCCUCCUCAUUGUAGCCAUCAUAGCUCCUCAUCAUAGCUCUUGGAGGGGAGAAUGGGCAGAAGCAGAGAAUGGGGAUGGUGGAGAAAACCAUUUUGUUCACAUCUUAAGGCGAACCUAUCCACCAAUUCACUCUUCACACCAAUUCACAGCAGAACGCAGCAACCGUUUGAAACGUGCACUUCUCUGAAUGUCGCAAAGCUGUUUUCCAAUCAAAAACCACCUGCAAGACACAUGCAAGCAGAAAGUGUGCCUCAGACUUGAACAUAUUAGUGAAAAUAAUGUACCAAAAUGCAUUAUUAUAUUAGAGAAAAUGCAAGCAUGUGCAUUAUUAGACAAAAUGAGGAGAAAUGCACGUAAAUAUGUGCUUUAAUUUUUGUGUGGACUUGAAAGGAAAAUGCAUUGUUGCAGAAAUGAGGCAAACUGAACCUAAGACUGGAAAAAAGAAAGAGCAACAGAGACAGAAUCACCCCUGCCUAGCAAAAAAUACUUGAGAAAGAAAAUAAUGCUCUGUCUCUAUGGUCCCUUCAGAUGGGAUAUGGCUCCAUUGGGGCACAGAGGAAUGUGUGCAAAGGGCAGAUGAGAGCAAGUUUCCUCUUGCUUUUGUGCACAGGAGAGUGCAAAUAAUAUUAGCCAAACAAAGUGACAGGCUUCUUGCAGGGGGGAGAGGGUGGUUCAGCACACCCCCACACCUCGAUUUAUAGGUGGUUUGCAUCUUGAUAUAAAAGCAACAUAGCUUAGCUUCCUUUAUUGUCUGGCCUGGAGCAGCUUGGACUGGACAGGAGUUUCCAGACAGGAACUUCAGAGUUAAGCCUGAAUGUGAGAGGCAGCACACACAAAGAAGAGGGAUUACACAAUAUAGUUUUUUUUAAAUGGCAGCCGUACUCACUCUGAUAAUCUUCUGUUCAGCCCCGGGAGUGGUAGGGACCAUCAGUAUAAGGGUUUUUCUUUUGCUUCUGACAUAAAGUGCUCUGAUUUGGCAUGAAUGCAGAAGAAUAUGUCCCUCCCCCCAAUCAGAAGAGACACAAUGUGAGAAUUCAUACCAUAUCGUAGAAGAGCAGGCUGAUCUAUGACACCCGCAAAGCAAAGCUUUCUUUGCAUCUUCUAGGUGAAUGGACAGUGUGUGUGCCAGCACAACACUGCUGGAACAAACUGCGAACAGUGUGCAGCUUUCUUCAAUGACCGUCCAUGGAGAGCUGCUGAAGAUGGCAACCCCAACGAAUGUCACAGUACGUAUGCCUCUAUCCAACUUCCUAGGGAAACAGGCCACACUUUAAUUGAGCAAAGCUUUCUUGGAAAGAUAACUGGAGUUUAUAAAAUACAGUGGAACCUCGGUUUUCAAAUGUAAUCCGUUCCAGAAGUCCGUUCGACUUCUGAAACAUCUGAAAACUGAGGAUCAAAGGGCUGUCAGCAAGUUCAACGGGGAAAAUUGAGAAACAUUCCUCGGAAGCCAUUCAACUUCCGAGGCACGUUUGAAAACGGAAGCAUUCACUUCCAGGUUUUCGGCGUUCGGCUUCCGAAAUGUUUGGCAGCUGAGACGUUCGAAAACUGAGGUUUGACUGUAUAUACUUUGUGCACUGUAGCCACUGGAAAUAUUAUGGUUUCUCCAGUGCUUUUUUAUCUGGGGGGGGGGAUGUAGGGGUAUACAUACCCCUAAACAUUUUGUGAAUCUUUGUACUUUUGUCCAUUUACUAUAUUUAGUUUUCCUGAUUUGAACUGUAAAAUGGUGAUUUUCUUGAGUCAAAAUGAGAGUACCCCUAAACAUUUUUUUUUUAGAAAAAAAAAGUACUGGGCUUCUCAUCAGUUAUGGGAUCUGCAGAUUCCUGAAAGGGUGGAGGUGAUCAGGGAAAGGGGAAGCUGAGGUAAAAAGUACAGGAAGGAGUGUUUAAAAGAAUCUACUAGCAAACAUUUUUUAAAAGGCUGAGGCAGAUGAGAGGAGAGCUUUGAUUUCCAUUUGCAAAGAAGCUAACUGUUUCUUGUCAAACUUCCCCCAUCAGCUUGGAGAAAACAGGCAAGUUUGGGGAAAUUGCAGUGUGUGUAUAGCACAGUGCUGGUGGAAUUGAUGUUCCCUAAAGUCCUAAGGCUUGCACUCUGGCUGUUUUUCAUGUUCUGUGUGGACCCACAAUGUGAUAAACCUCAUGGUUUUAUACGCUUGCUGUAGAACUAACCAAAGAGGGAGGCCCAAGCGCCACCUAGUGGUGAAGCUGAAGAGUAUACGCACUAUUGUUUUCCUUGAACGUCAUCUCAGAAAUGGCUUUGUCUCUUUUCUCCUAGGGUGCAACUGUAACAGUCAUUCUAACAAAUGUCAUUUUGACCCAGCCGUGUACCAAGCCAGUGGGGGUGUGAGUGGGGGCGUUUGUGAAGACUGCCAGCACAAUACGGCAGGGAGGAACUGUGAACAUUGCAAGACCAAGUUUUUCCGUAAUAAGCGUUUUGAACUUGAUCACCCAGAAGCUUGUCUCCGUAAGUGGGUGCUUAAGCAUUUUCUUCAUGAGUUUUUUCAUAAUCUUUUUUAACGAUAAUAUUUGAAUAUUAUAGUCUGUUUUAUUCCAAUGGUAGAGAGAAUUCCCCUGUAAGAUUGGUGCUCAAAAGAAACAUUUUCUGUAUUUUAAGUUGAAUCUGAAGUGUAGAUACGCCUCCAGAUUCUUCACGUCCUUCCUUGUGUCCCAUCUUUGGAACUCACAAUUCUUUUUCUGAGUCUCUAUUUUGGUAACUGGAGGAGAUGAUGAGGCUUUCCUCUUGCUCCCCCCUGAACUAGAAUCUUCAAGUUCCUAGUGCAUUUUCCUAUGCAUUUAAAAGGGAGGAGCAGUAAAGCUGCCUUGCAGCUGACCAGAGAAAAAUGAACGGGCUUGUUUUCUGAAAUCUUUUGUGCCAAUUUCAAGUGAGAGAGAGGAAUCCUGAAUGGGCAACCCUGUCUGCAAAUGAAGAGUGGGAGAAAGAAAUGAUGAGGAACAAGGCAAUGCUAAACCCCUACACAAAGCUCAGGUUUGAUGACACCCUUUUAAUGUGGCCUGUACCUUUAAAAUUUGUUGAUUCCAUGUCUUCUCUUUUUAGCUUGUGAAUGUGACCCAGAUGGCACUGUUCCUAACUCCAGCUGUGACCCCCAGACGGGCCACUGUGUCUGUAAGGACAACGUGCAAGGAGGCCGUUGCCAUUUGUGCAAGCCUGGAUUCACCCAGUUAACCAACUCUAACCCCCAAGGUUGCAGAGGUUAGUCAAAUUUCAACCAUGCCAAACUAGAUGUGGGCAUGGUGGAGAUAGCCACCUCCUGCUGUUUAUCCUCAAUCAAAAGUUUAUUUCUUUGGGAGGGCCCUUUAUACACUGUGAUAGAGAUAGAUAAAUAUGUUUAAUCUACUUUUAAAGCUGUCUAAACUAGUAGCGACCACUACAUCUCAUUACAAUUCAUUCCAUACAUGAAAACUGUACAGUGGGUGAAGAAAUUCUUCCCUUGUGUUUGUUUGGAACCUAUAGCCAUUCUCAUGUUUUGAGAGACAAGCAUUUCUUUCUCCACUGUUCAUAAUUUUAUAAAGCUCUCACAUGACCCCUGUUUAGUUACCUCAAAGGCCUCAAAUCAGUCAAACAAGCACCUGUCUUCAUGGGGGAUCCACCCACUUUGGUUAUCCUUUCUCUGUAACCCAUGAGACCAUAAUAUUGGUGAAGCUCUGCUUGUGCUGUUGCACUAGUAUGAAUGCAGCACAUAAACUGUGAGAAGAUCAAUUCAAUGUGAGCAAAACCUGGACCAUUUUCACACAGCCACCACCAGCAUCACUGCUCUUAUGUUGGCGGUGUGCAUAUGAGAGGAGCCAGCCAGCAGUAAAUCACACUGAGCAAGUGGAGUUAACUCUUUAUUAGCAAAAAACAGGAUAUGCACAUGGGUGUCAGGUCUAAUAAGAAUAGUAGCUCAUCUCUGGUAGGUCUUGCCACCUUGAAGCAGUUGCUGAAACUGCUGCCCAAAGUCUGGGGUUUUCCCUAAGCAAUCUGAGACUGCACCUGUGUGAAGCUAUCUCCUGGUUCUGGGAGACCAGGGGCGGGGGAGGGGGGAAGCUUGUUGCAGCAGGAGGGGGAGACACUCAUGCCUCUUCACCAGCUGGAGUCGUCUUUCUCUCUUGGCCUCUCUGCUCUCCUGAUUUAGAGCCAGUGUGGUGUAGUGGUUAAGAGCAGUGGACUCGUAAUCUGGGGAACUGGGUUCGCGUCUCCGCUCCUCCACAUGCAGCUGCUGGGUGACCUUGGGCUAGUCAUACUUCUUUGAAGUCUCUCAGCCUCACUCAACUCACAGAGUGUUUGUUGUGGGAGAGGAAGGGAAAGGAGAAUGUUAGCCGCUUUGAGACUCCUUAGGGUAGUGAUAAAGCAGGAUAUCAAAUCCAAACUCCUCCUCCUCCUCCUCCUCCUCCUCCUCCUCCUCCUCCUCCUCCUCCUCCUCUUCUUCUUCUUCUUCUUCUUCUUCUUCUUCUUCUUCUUCUUCUUCUUCCUCUGAUACAGAAGUUCUCUCUGCCACAGACUCUUCCUGCUCACCAAACCCUGUUACCUUCCAACACCACCUCCUCCCAGUCUUCUUCCUCUUCUCCCUCUAACCACUCAUUGUUGUCCCCUGGCUCUAAGCCGCCUUCCCCUGGGGGUUCCCCAGCUGAUUCCUCCCAUCAUUUCUCUGCAUUCAACCAGUCCACAACAGCAUACUAUGUAAGGGCAAUCUAGCCUUAAAAUUAUUUUUUGAAACAGAGCAGGUUGAAACAUUCAAAACAUAGCCCUAGGAAGAUGGAAGAAGAGGGAAAGAGUUUUUCUUUCAAUUUCACACAGAUUUGAAGAUCUUAACGCUUAUCCUCCAGGCAGGUCCCUUGUGGCAUAUGGUUUCAACUGAGGCUUGGCUUACAUAACCAAUUUCUCUAGAUCCACCUUCAUUUAUCUCUCACAAUCUCUUGGGCAGACCUUGCCUUGUUUUAGAUUAAAAUGAAAUGUAGCCUCUGCAAGCAGCUAUACUGAUGGGUUUCAGCUCCCUCCCAGCAGGUGGCAGUAGCUGCUUUGCUAAGCUUGAUCUUGGAGAACAGCCGCAGAACAUGACAGCAAUAGCUGGACAGAAUCACCUUGGGGAAGGACCGUAGCCUAGUGGCACAGCAAAUGCCUUCCAUGCAGAAGGUUCCAGGUUCAGUCCCCGGCAUCUCCAGCUGGGAAUGUUCUCCGCAUGGAACCUUGGAGAGCUACAGCCAGUCAGUGUAGACAACAGUGUGUGAAGUGGACCAGUUUGCUGGCUCAAUAGAAGGCAGUUUUUGUAUGUUCCUGCCAUUAUUCAUAAGAAGACUGAUCUCCUGUGGUCAGCUGAGGGGGUGGGGAGGGUCUGUGCUGAGGAAACAAAUCUAAUUUCAUGGAACAAUAUCUGCUUGGAUAUGACUAGUAUCUGGAGUGGUAAUGGGCACUGUCUGUCAUAGCCUCAGUUCAAAACUGUAAUUGAUUAGUGAUGUUGCUAAAGAGUGCAUCUCCUUAAUUUGAAAUGCAGACCUCGGUGUCUCAUGAUGCUCAGCUCCAGUCUGAGAUGCAUGCUUUGAUAAUUGCAAUGUCUGUGGUGAUAUCAAGCAUGAAGAGCAACCAGCCUUCAUUCUUAAUUUGAUGCUGAAUAGAUUUAGUAAAUUUCUAUACCACCCUUCAUCUAAGGCUCACAGGGGGGUUUACGAUAUAAUAGCACAAAAAUGGAUAACAAAUGAAAACAAUACCCCAUUCGUCACACAGUUUUAAAAGCCAUAGAUUGUUUAAUUAGCCAAAGGCCUGGGAGAAGAGGAAUGUUUUCCCCUGGUGCCUAAAGAUGUGUAAACUAAAGAUGUGCAAUGAAGGCACCAGGUGAGCCUCUCUGGGGAGAGCGUUCCUCAAGUGGGGAGCCAGCACCCGCCCACUGCCGCAUCUGCAGAUGUAAAGGAGAAGUAGAGCUGUGUGUUGUCAGCAUAUUGCUGACAAUGUACUCCAAAGCUCUGGGUGACCCCACCCAGCAGUUUCAUGUAGAUGUUAAACAGCAUGGGGGAUAAAAUUGAACCAUGAGGAACCCCACAUUGAAGGCUUCAUAGUGUUGAAGAGCACUCCCUGAGCACCACUCUCUGGAAAUGUCCAUCCAAGUAGGACUAGAACCACCGCAAGUGGUGCUGCCCUCAACUCAGACAUCUGCCCCAGAUACAGUGGCCAAUGGUAUUGAAAGCCCGUGAGACAUCAAGGACACAUUGAAGAGAGGUUGAGGACAUGAGGAUACAUUUCCCCUGUCUCUCCCCCAACAGAGGUCACGAAGGGUGGCCAAAGCAGUUUCUGUGCUAAAACCAGCCCUAAACAUUGACUGAAAUGGUCUGGAAAAUCAGUUUCCUCCAACAGCACCAGGAUCUGGUCUGCAGCCAGAUGGGUGGGGAUCACCGACACUUCCAGGGAGAUCCUUUCCUUCUUCCAGAUCAAUGUGUUUCAGGAAGUCUAUAGCAGAGCUGGGGACUGGAGGCGGAUCUGCCCCCAAACCCCUCCCUAUCUGGCCCUCUGGAUGUUCCCCUUGCUUGGCUGGAUGGAAGACAGAGAGGGGUAUAUAGAAAAUAGCCUACUGCAGAAAGGUCACAUUUACAUUCAUUGGCCCACCUUCUAUUGCCCCUGGCCCCACCUGCCAUUGGCAUGACUUUCAAAACCUGGAGCCAGCACUGAAGGGAAAGAAUUUUACAACAAGACUUUGCUACUGGCGGACUGAAGGGUUUCAUCAGCUUUGAUUUUAUCUAUUUAAUUCUAUAUCACCCUGUACCCACAGGUUCACAGGAGACCUGAUACUUCCUGCGCACACCCCAGGAGCAUCCCCCAGUAGUUCCGACACAAAUGCUGGCUCCUUUGUUUUCCAGAUUGUGCCUGCAGUGUUUUAGGCAGCCGCCGCAACGUGCCAUGCGACGACGAGACGGGCCGCUGUUCUUGCCUCCCCAAUGUGGUGGGAGACAAGUGUGAUGAAUGCGCCGCCAAUCACUGGAAAAUUGCAAGUGGGCAGGGCUGCCAGGCUUGCAACUGUGACCCUCAGCAUUCACGCAGCCCUCAGUGUAACCAGGUACUGCCCACGAAGCAGCAGUGCAGCAGCUUACAGCUCUAGAGGUGGGCGGGGAGAGGGAAAUUCUGGGCCAUUGCACUUUGUGGCACCACGAUCAGGGCAUUGUCUUCUUAGUCCUGCAGAGAGAGGGGGAAGCUGUUUUGCUCAGUAUCUAGGCUACCGUUGAGAGUACUUAGUACAUUCGGUGGUAUUGGGUGGUAAUGCUUUCUGCAGAUUUUACUAACUGAGGCUGUAUAUCUGGGCAUGGGGGUUGCUGUUGCCUGUUUGAAUUAGGGAUGGAGGAAAAAUUCAUUUUAAAGCAAAGUGGCCUCAUUUGCUGGUCCCUGAUGGCUAUGUGGAUUAAAAUGCAGCUGUCCAUCAGAUCACACAUUUCUCUGGAUUUUGCGAGGCAGUUUUUAAAAAUGCACACGAAAUUUAUGUUUUAUGGGAAAAUGCAUACAACAAUGCAUAUUUGUGGGGGAGCAUUAAAAAGCAUACAGGACUGUGGCUGGUAACUGACUUUUACUCAGAGUAGAUCCAUUGAGAUGAAUAAGCCUAAGUUGGUCAUGUCCAUCAAUUUCAAUGGGCCUCCUCUGAGUAGGAAUAGCAUUCGUUGCAAUCCCAUGUAUUUUAGGGGAAGGAUGAGUACAACAUGUGUACCAUUUAAAUGUAGUUUUUCUUUUGCAUUAAAAAACCCCCCAACACUGUAAAACUUAGAAUGUAACAGACCUAAAACUGAACAUAAUGCUCAAAUACAUGUGAAACUAACCUGUAACGGAAAUAGACUGAUUUUUCCAUUCCUACCACGAAUGCUUUCUCAUGAAAAACAAACAGCUGAGGCCGAAGUUGGAGCUUUUCCUUGUAAAUCCCUUCUGGAACUCAAUUAUUCUCCAGACCAACAGGCCUAACUCUGCAGUUCUACGUCAAAGAGAUUUCCUCCCUGGCAUCUUUCUCUCUUGUUUUGCAGUUUACAGGGCAGUGUCCAUGCAGAGAAGGCUAUGGGGGCCUGACAUGCUCUGCUCCUGAAGUACGGGUUUGUCCGGACCAGUCUUAUGGAGAUGUCAGGACAGGAUGUAGAGGUAAGGAAUGCAGGUUGCACUCACCUGUAAACCACUGGGUAUUUAAAUGGUUCUUGCCAUCUUGCUGUUCCAUCUAACUCAGGUCUGGAGGAGCCUGUGGCCCUCCCGAUAUGGUUGUAGUUCAUCUCCCUCCUUCUCUAAUAGCUGGCUGUUGGGGAGAAGAGUGAGCAGCCAGAGGGAUGCACUGUGGAAAUGUCAGCCUGUAACCAGCAAGUAAAGCCUGUGAGUAUUUUUGAGGGAUCCAGACCCUUCUUAUUCUCCUCUCUCAACAGCUUGCAACUGCAACUUCCAGGGCACAGAGGAAAUGGGCUGUGACAAGCUGACAGGCAGAUGUCUUUGCCGUCCCGGCUUUACUGGAGACCGCUGUGACCAGUGCCAGCGGGGCUACUGUGGCAACUAUGACCACUGUGAGGCAUGCAACCCUUGCUUCCAGGCCUAUGAUGAUGAGCUCCAUAGGUUUGGCUUGCGCCAGGCCACCUUGAAAAAUUCCACCCAGCGGCUUCCGGUGGGGACAAUGAGCUCCGGCUUCAGCACCCGCCUCUUAGAAGCAGAAGGCGAAGCACAGCUCAUCCAAGGGAUCCUGGGAAACCCCCUCUUGAUGGAGCAAGGGCUGGAUCAGGUGGCCAACGCCAUUGCUACGAUCAGGUGAACAGGAAUUGCAUUCUACUUACUGUCAGCAAGCAAGCAUUGUCCAAAGCAUGAAGAUAACAAUCUCUGAUGCUUUGCUUUUAAGCAGUCUCUCUUCUACUUAAUGGGUAGAGCAUGAGAUGCUUAAUCUCAGGGUUGCAGGUUCAAGCCCCACCUUGAGCUAAAGAUUCCUGCGUUGCUGGGGACCUAGAGAGGGGCCCUAGUUCCUUGCCAAUCCUUCCUUGGGUACUUCCAGACUGUCACUGUUUUGUGAGAGGGAUUCAAGUGCAUAUUAUAAAUGGAGAUUUGUGAAGUUGGAUUAAAGUGCUCUGUUGCUCUAGCGGGACAAAUCCAACUUGAAAAAGAGUGGCUCGGAAAAUGACAAGGAAAUGUACUUAAAAGUGUGGGUAAGACAUAUGAAUGCCAGGCAACCAAUCAGGAUGAAGGCUCAUUGUUACAUUACUGCCCUGCAAACAAGAUAGGAAUGAAUACUCGAGAAAGACCUCACAUAGUCUAACCUCUGCGUAAACUUUGUGCAAACAAAGUGGAAUGAAUGUUCAAUAAGCAGAUCGUCUGCAGGAGCCCAUUGAUUCACUGGCAGUCUAUGAAGAAGUCAGUCUUUUAGUCUCUCAUAGGGGCACAGAAUACUAAUGACAUGCUUUCAUUUGUUUCACAGUAUAAAAUCUGUGAAACACUGUGCACAUUCAAGGUGGUAUCCAGCUGCCCAUUCAGUGAUUAUAUGUUUGAAUCAAUUGUUUUAAUUACUUUAUCCACUUCAGUCCUUGUCUGUUAAUUAUUAUAAACUGCCCUGUGAUCCUCAGAUGGAGGGUUGUAUAGAAAAUUAGCAAACAAAUAAUAGUAUUAAAUUAAAAUUCUGUUCUGUCCCUUCCGUUACAUUUGUUGUCCUGCAUUUGAUACCAGUGGGUACUCGGCUGCUGAUAUAUGAGUCAGAAUCUUCAAGCUUUAUUUCAAAGAAGUGCCACUGAUUUCAUGGGCGUAUGUUGGCAUGAAGGUUUUAAGGGCAGUAAUCACUGGAUGAAAGAAAGAGAAUAAUUACAAGAUGUAUGCUGAAACCAAAACCAACUAUCCUGUUUUUUUUUGUUUUUUUUGUUAAUUCCAGGCAGACCAUUGAAGGUUUAAGACAUGAAAUACCUUUCAGGGAUGAAGCAUCCUCUUUAUCCAUAGAUAUGGAUAAUCUUGAUAGAAGCCUGGUUCUGAUCAUCGCUGAGUACCAAAACAAGAAGGCUCAGUUUGAAGCCAGCCGAAGCACAGAUGUCUCAGGUAUAAUACCUGUGUUUCAACCACUACAUUCAUCAGUUCAUACAUAAGCGGCUGUAUCUCCUACUGUAAAUACGGACAAUAAUCUGAUUAUUGGGCGGCUUUGCCAUAUUGUGGAUUUUGUGUCCUGCCUGAAAGAAAUUGAAGAGAGAUCUUCAACUUAAGUCAGGCUUUCACAAUCUUUCCGAUUUCUCAUUUUUCCUCUUCCAACCCCCUCCCCUUUGCCUGUAAGAGUGGAUCCAAACACAGGAGCUUAUAUCAGAGACAACGUUGCACUCUCACAAAAGCACAUUUCCUAGUGACCCUCAGAGGAAGCUUUGGUCAUUUGCACACAACACUUUUGUUUUCAGCUGCUUAAAAAUGGCAACCUACUGUGGAUGGAAUAUUUUUCUUCUUCUUCCCCCCUGUGUUAAAGGUGUUAUGAAACUGGCCCCACAGCUCAGGGUGUGUAGCCUCAUCCCGCUAGCAUAUCUAGAAAAACAGAUUUUGCAGUGCUUCAAAGUAACUUAACAAUUCUACAUCAAAAAGAAUGACUUUCAGUUUGUGAAUUGACCCCGGGCUCCAGUCUCUGGCAGAUCUGCAAGGCGUUUCUAAUUAUUCUUCUCACUCACAUCACACAGCCUAUAGUUCUUACCAGCAAAGUGCUGCUCUGAGGCUUUCCAGACACACCCCAGUGGUAUUAGUAGGCCAUUUCAAGAAAUGUAUGUUUUAAGUUGUUUCUGUUCCUGCUUGGUGAUCUAAUUAGAAGUGUGCAGAACAUCCUCCCCUCCAGGGAAUUAUCGCCAGUCUGAUUGAAACUUUUUUUUGCUUCCCUUGAAAAUCACUGGAUGUUUCCCUUGAUUAGGAAGCUCCAAAUUAGCUUCCGGAUUUUGCUGUAGGUGAAGUGUGAUGGCAACUCUGGAUGUAAUAUAUUUACUCUGGAAGGCUAAAGAGGACUUUCCAGCACUUUCUCAAACCUACAUGUUCACUUACUGCAGUAGCUUCAGUUUUGCCUCCUUUUCUGAACCUUUUCUGAACCCUGAUGGAAGGAAGGAGGUGUGACAGACCACAUACCUCAGCUUGCUAAGUUCUCAUGUGAAUCUUGGAGCUGCAGGUGGCAGAGGCACGUCUCUACUAUAACAUGUACAGUACAGCUUAGCUUUGUAUAGUACAUUUUCAAAAAACAAAACAAAACACUAAUGCAAGAGAAAAACAGCCAUUAAGCAGUUUCAUGUGAAUGGCGAUUGGCAAGUGCUUUUCAGCUGGCGUCCUUGUGAUUCACUGCUCUGGCAGAUCCUCUUUCCUCCUUUUUUCAAGGUAGAACUCCAUACCAGGAGGCCUUGGAAAGGAAAGCUGCAUUGUGAGUCACUAAGCCAUCUAAACAUCAUUUUUCCCUUUGUUUCCCUAGGAGCUUUCAAGACACUCAGCUCUGCGCAUCAGACAUCUUCCAAUGCCAGCUUGCGCAUAGCUGGCUCUUCCAGGCUGCUGGCCCAGUCUGCGGAAAACAGGCAGAGUGCUGAGGAGCUAGAGAAUGAUCUUGCAAGCCAUGGGUCGGGACUGGAGGCUCUGCAGGCUGAAAUGGCCUUCUCUCCAAACUUGACUCCUGCCAUUAAUAAGGUGAAGCUAGCAGUUAACCUCUACCAAAGGUGCCGCUGCAUAGCAUCAUUGCUCAAUUAGCCUCAUAAAUUGUUACCCAGUGAACACUGCUUCCCAUUGUUCUGACUGCAGCCCAGUAAUGGCUACAGACUAAUGAGGCAGAAGGUUGUUUGGGGCCAAAGUCUGUUAUUGUUAUUGGGUUUUUUUAUUCCUCUUUUCUGCUGUUCUACUAUUGCCAUGGAGACUGAUGUAAGCAUCUCCGGUUUCCAUGAAAAACCACCCAUCUAAUCUUGCUGCAUUUCAGCGCAAGUGUUCUCAAAUGAAAUCUAUGGGUGUGGAGGAGUUGGGGAUAUCAGGAAUCUCAACUGCCUCUGGAUGUCUUUCUCUCCUGUGAACCUUACAGUUGUUUGUAGUUGGGCAGAAAUUUUGCAAAGGGGUGGGGAGAGGAUGUCUGCUUUCCUCCUGGAGUAAGGAUGAAGGACCUCCAACCCAAAUACCCAAGGCAGCACUCAUUGGCUCUCUGUCCCUUGAGACACUUUCCAGGCCAUGUUCCGUCACCAGCCAAGAACUGUGCCCCUUGAGUGCUUUGGCCUGGCCUGCCUUUUGCUUGCCAGGAUGGAGGAAUAUGUAGAUAUAGUGUGUGUGUAGAAAUCUCUGGAUUUUGUGUGACUGGAAUGUAGUAAGAAAAGGUAGGGCUUACAACAGUUGCCCUGUCCAUUUGUGGCUCCGUGGGGCUGCAAAUGGUUUCUUUUAGCUUGCUGCUGUGGCAGUGCUUUUAAUCCCUUUCUGGGAAAUUUUACUUAAUAUUUAUGAGAAUCCAAAGCAUUAUUUGUGUAUGAAGUAUUAAAGCAGAACAGCUAUGUUCAGCUCUCUCUUUGGGGCUGCCCUUGAGGUUGACCCGGAAACUUCAGCUAGCGCAAGAUGUGGAGGCUGCACUGUUCACCUUUUGCUAUCAUGUUACCCCGCUGCUGGAAGAAUUGCAAUGGCUGUCAGUUAGCUACAGGAAAUUGGAUGGAAUGGACUUAAGAAUGAACAGGUGCAAAAUGGACACAGACUGGAAAAAAGUGACCCACCCUCCUCCCUUCGUGUAUCAUUGUGACUACUCCUUUACCCCCUUCCCCAUCCCACCCCCAUUGACUCCCAAGCAGUCCUUUGAGCUAUCUAUGUGCCCCUCCCAGUGGGAAAUGUCUUCUGGGUCAUCUCCAACCAGCAGUGAGCUCUCUACAUGUCAAGGGCCUUGGCCACGCCCAUAGAACCUUCUUCUUUGAUUGCCUUUUAUGUUGUCUCCAUUUGGGCAUCUAAAGCUGGGUGCUGUGCAUCAGUGGAUGUGCUAUACUAUAAGUGCAUGAAGAUAGUAACUCCCUGAAUCAUUUUUGGUUUUUGUAUUAUUGAAGGCAUAACUUAAUUGAUUGUGUGGCUUCUCUGUUUAGAUUUGCAGUGGCAUCAGGUCAGAGAUUUGCAGCCCUGGGGAAUGUUCUGGAGAAGUAUGUCCACAGCAAAACACAACUGGAUGUGGCCCUGGUCGGAGCUGUACUGGAGUGUUCUCACUUUCUGGAAGUUCCAUCCAAACUGCCACGAAAACCUCCCAAGAUAUCCACAACUUAAAUAUCCGACUUCAGGAGACUACACAGAUGGUGUGUGUGUGUGUGUGUGUGUGUGUGUGUGUGUGUGUAGAAAGGAAAAGGAGAGCUCCUACCUUUGCCUUCUUGGGAGACAAAGAGUCUCUUUUGCAAUUGCCAAGGAAAAUGCAUGACUUGUGCUGUGUGGCUUUUUGUGAACAUGUGAACAUGUUUGUCAUGACACCCAACAUGCAAACAGCAUUCCUUCAAUUUUAAACUCUGCCCAGGUAACUUUUCAAUUUGGGAGAUCCACCUGGCGAAUAUUGCUUUGUGAGGGUGCCCUGUCUGACAGGUACACUGCACAGGGCAGGGUGUCUUCCAGAAGUUGUUGGACUCAGGCUUUCAUCAGCCCUAGCCAGCCUCGUUAACAUUCAGGGAUAAUUGGAGUUGUCACCAAGAAGCACCUGGAAGGCACCAGGUUGGCUGUCUCUGCAGGUUGGCUGUCUCUUGGGUGUGCCCUCUUCCUGAACAAAAAUAUGGCGUGUGGAGCAAAUGAGAACCUGCUUGUGAAUGUGCAUAAUGCAUGUUGUUGUGAUGCCAUUGUGGGAUUUUGCAGAAACAAAUACCCGUGUUCUGAGUGCCUGUUGGUUGUUGCAGAGAAGGCAAUGGCACCGUUCAUUUUCUUCCUCAAUUUCUACAUUUUUCACUAUAAAAACACAUUUUUUUGUUUCUGAAAUACUAGGAAGCACUGGGUAAUUAAGAAACAGGGAGAUUGAAAGUAUGGAUGAAUGACACUCUGGAACCAGCUUAGGAUCUUAGAAACUGACUCUGCCUUGCAUGUUGUUUGACAUAGAUCAGAGCUGCAGAAAUAGCUGUUGGCCAAAUUCAGACUAAUGCCCAGAGCCUGGGAGACCAAAUGACUUCAACUAGGGCCCAGAUAGAGGGAGACAUCCAUCGCACCCAGCAGUUCAUCUACCAGGUUCGCAACUUUCUGUCAGGUAAGUCUAUGCAUGAAACUUCUGUCUUUGAUUUCUUGCUGUUACAUUAUCUUUAAAAUGGUCAGCUUUCUCAUAAAACACACAUACAUGAAGCAAAUGAUCAAGUGCUAUUCACUGGACCAAUUCAUUGAUUAAAAAGUUUCAUGCUUACAGGAGUAUGAAUAGUUCUAAAAUGUAUGCUAAGGCCAGAUAAAUAGCAGCUAGCUGUUGCUGGGGAAAGGACAAAACAUUAGAUAGCAGGCAAGACUUCCUCCAAGCCCUUCAGAGACAAAUACAGCAGAUGAAAAGCAUACAGCAAAUUUGCCGCUAUUCGAGGAUGGCUGUUACAAAACCAUUCUUCCUGCUUGUAUUUUCCUUGCUCAGUAUCUUUUGCCGAUUGUCUGUGACUCCUGCCCGCUGGUACAGAAAUAGAAUCCAUUGUGCAUCAUAGUGGUUAUGCACAAAAGCUUUAUCCAAAUGGUUAUGAGCUGGACUACUUCCCAAGUUAUGCUUAAAACACGUGGGAGUUUACUUUUGAGUCAAGGGCGUGUGGUAGAAAAGUUGUACUGGCAGUGCAGGAGUGCAUUUAAGAGAAAGGAUAUGCCAGCCCAGGAUCUAGUUGCAGAAGUUUGGUCAAUGGGGGCCUUACCUUCAAAGAUAGUGGUGGCAUUCUGACAUUACAGUUUCACACAACUUUGGGCAAAGCAGGAGGGUUUGACUUGACGCACUUUGAGGUUCCUACCAAUUCUAGGAUGCAGAUGCUGACAGUAAUUCAGUGAGGUAACUGUAGACAAUGAAGGGAGCCAUGCAUAUUUUCCUAGGGAGGCUGUUCCAGAGAUCUGGGACCAUCACAGAGAAGAGUCUAUCCCUGGCUCUUCCUUCCCACCCACCCCUGUUCCCCAGCAACACAUAGGUGCUACCAACCAAUCCCAUGAUAAGGAAGCUGAUUUGGUGCCAUGGCUUAUUUUUUUGUUUGGAGGUGAACAUUUUCACAUUUGAGCUCCUGGGUGUAUGAGAGUAUCUGGAAUUUGUGACCUGCUAAUUUGUAUUGUUUUGCUAGAAGUUCCUCUCCUGUCAUCUCUGAUUGACUUAAUGGUUCUUCAGUUGCCCAUCCCUGAAAAAAAUAAAUUCAGACAUGGGUAUCUGUCCAGCAUCUUCUUCAGGGGAGACCAAUGUGUAAAGAAGAAGAAGAAGAAAUUAACCACUAGCCCUACUCAGACUAGGCUCACUGAAGUUAAUAGGCAUGACUAACUUGAGUUCAUUAAUUUAAUUGGGUCUAAUCUGAUUAGGCCUUAGUUGAAUUCCUCAGGCGACAAACCUAUGCCAGCUAACUUCAAUAGGACUUAUUCCUGAGUGGAUACAUAUGGGAUUUCACUGUUAGGCUUUAGCCCUUGGGACUCUUACUUUAGAGUAAGCUCUGCUAAAUACAGUGGACUAUAUUUCUGAGUAUUUAAUCGUCCAAUCAUCUUUCUGGGUAAUUUCUUCCUUAUGUAUUUUAACACAUUUGUUUUUAAAUUGCAGGCAUUAUUUAGCAUGUAAAUGUGCUCCUCAAUCCCCCUUUUUUUAUAAAGUCAUGCAUUAUCAUUAGUUAAUAUUAUUUUGUUGGAAGCCUAUAUAACACCUUGCCUAUUUGAAAAGCUCUCUCUCUAAAUCCCCAUCUCUUGCUUGAGACUUCUCCCUGAGGUAAGAGACAGGUCCUGUCACUGGCAAAAUUCUAGCAGUGCAUACUGACAAGCACGAAGGCUGUGAAAUGACAAGUAUCUAGGGGAGAAUACCGAGAGGGUGGGGUACUUUGGUUGUGAGAAUAAAUCAUGAAAUGUUGAGACAUCUCAGAUGUGGGAGAUGCAGAGAGUGAUGGACCAGUUAACUCCUGCUGCUUUGAAAAAUGUCUACAUGUAGAGAGAAUAAGAAGUGCUGCUGACAGCUAGGGUGGCCAGAUUCAAAAGGGGAAUGUCUACACAACUUGAAUGUUAACUAAGAGCUCCUCCAGACAACCUGUUUAUUUAGAAUUCACCUGGAUUUUCUUGCACAAAGCUUAUGCAGAGGUUAGACUCUAUGCAGUCUUUACUGAGCAUUUGUUCUGAUUUGCGUGUGAGAUGGUUAUACAACACUGAGAAUUUGUCCUGUGUUUAUCCUGAUUUGCUUGUGGGGUGUUUUUAUAUCCUCCUGUUAAUCGUUCAUUCAUCCCACCCUUUUCACUGCAUUUCCUUCACUUUCCGAACUGCAGAGAGGCUGAUUCUUUUAUAAAGUUGAUUUGUUGCACUAGGGUGACAGAGUGUGUUAAUCCAGUUGGAUUGUGUGAACUUAAAUGUACAGUAUGCGCUUGAAACCCUCCCGCAAAAUGGUGACAGUUUGGUGGCAUUCUAUGGGGCAAAUCUGAGGCCUUCCCCCAAGGUCCUCAAACCCUGAAAAGUUGGGGGUAGCGGUAAGAGAAAGCAGGGGUGGUUUAAAGCAGAUAAAUGUUUAGUAGGAAAGCAUGGACCCCUUUCCCUUGCUCCCCCUCCAUUCAAAACCACACCCUUCCAAUAAUGCUUUCCAUUGACAAAGGCCAUCAAUAUGUCCAUGCCUAGUUUCCCCCUUAACUGUUAGCUUCUGACCCUUCCUGAAUUUAUUAUUAGCACCCUUAUGUUCUCUCUUCAAUCUGCUUGCUUGUUUUUUUGAACAUUUCUGGCUUUGGUAAUAUAAGGAACCAGUGGGAACCUACAACACAUUUCCCCCUAGUGUAUCACCCACAUCCUAACAGGAAUGCUCCUUGUCAGUGCUUUGUACAGUCUAGAACAGGAACCCUUUGAGUUGGCAAAGAAGCUACUUUUUCUUUCCACCCCUCUAGAAACCUCCUCUCACUGUGCUAUGCAGUUGCAAAGGAAUCAGGAUUGAUAAAGAGCUUGGAGGAGUAUAAAAUAGGAUGGAGAGGGUCAUUUCCUAAUGCUGAGCUCAAGGAUACCAUAAAGAGUUUGACACACCCACACAGGCCCAUUCUCAUUCUCUCCCUCCAUUUCCCAGCCCAUCAACAUCCCAUGGCUUAACUGGCCUCAGUUAUGCCUUUAAUUCCUAGACUCACACAAGCCUUGUUCAGGAGAAAAAGCCUUCGUGUGGUUCUAAUAAUCACAGGAGAAUGGAGCCAUGCUCAUUAGCCAUGCUCCUUGCAUUGUGUCCCCACUGCUCUCCAGGUGCAAGGAUAUCAGGGGGUUACUCGAGAGCAAUCAGGCAAAUGCCUCUCUGGUCAGCUGUAAAGCCUCGUUAUUGGUGCCAAAAUCCCUUCACCAUGCAGAGCGUCACUAUUCCAUGGCUCGCUCAUUCACUGGCACAAUCUGUGAGUGGGCGGUCCUUAAACCUUCCCCAGCAGAGUAGUUUCUUGGCACCCAAUCUGCGCUUCCCCUCUCUGCGUGGAAGCCUACUGCGCAGGGAGGGCGUGGGUAACAGAGGACCUCUCUCCUCCCCGCUUUGCCCAGGCAAGGUGUCCUGGUACUGCCUCGUCUCCUCCGAGCCCUGCAGCUCCUCUCCAUUGGAGGCGUGGUUACUCUCCUCUGUUGAGGAGGUGCUGCUCCGCAUGAUCUUUGGGGGCUCUCUGUAAUCCAUCCGGCUUUUCCCCUCUUGCCCCUGAGCCGAUGGCAGUUCCCUGACACCAGGUGUCACAACUAGAAGGUCUGAAUCUCCGAGACUGCUUUAUGCCUUUGGGCUCCUUGUAUGAUUUCAAACCCUGAUCACACAGAGCUUUAGCCUGUGUCACAUGUUGUGGAGGUGACAUGUGUAGUGGAGGCUCCCUUCUCCAGACUCCUUCCUCUUCAUACGAUGGAGGCACAACACCUGAAUAGGGCUGUGGCCUGCCUGAGUUCAGUUUCUUCAGAUUGUUUUCUGAAAUCCUGGGCGAAUCCUGGAUUUUACCAUAGCCAUGAUUGGACAACAGUGUUUCCUUCCAUCUCCAAGGAAAAAAUAACAGUAAAGACAAGAGUUUGGAGUGAACUCAGGUGAAGAUGAGAUGUGUGUGUCUUUGCACCAAUAUUUGUCCUGUAAUUUUAUUUGGAAGAGCAGCAGAUCUGGCUUUCCCUAGCGACCCAGUGUUUGAUUUGCUUCAAGGAAGCUUCUGGUUUGUUGAAUAAAAUAUAUACUCUCACUUGGCCUCGACUUGACUUUUUCCCACUCUUAUCUUUGCAGAUCCAGAUACUGAUGCUGCUACCAUCCAGCAGGUCAGCGAUUACGUCCUCUCCCUUCGCCUUCCCACUGACGCUGCCACAGUCCUCAGGAAAAUGAAUGAGAUUCAGAGCCUGGCAGCUAAGCUGCAGUGCCCUGAGACAUUCAUUUCCCAAACGGCUGGGGAUGUUGCUAAGGCCAGACAGCUUCAGCAGCAGGCAGAAGAAGCCAGGUAAAGAGGCCUUUAGUACUGUUGGAUCAUGUAAGGAGAGUGAUGGAACCUGUUUGUAGAUAUUAUUCAGAAGAAAGGUCCUGCCCUAUAGCUAGUACAAGAUUCUUUGCCUUCUUGAGGCUUCCCGGGGACGUGUGCACAAAACCUCAAGUUUUUAAACCAAUGCAAAUAAGACACUAUAUCUGUGAUAUGGUUUCAUUUAGCACCCACUGAGAUCUGUUGGUAGAAGCAUGCCAGCCACAUCAUUGAAGCAUCACCCCACUCUAUUGGUUGAAUACAGGAACAUUGCUCUCCUUUCUGGACAGACAUUAACCUUGCAUCCAAUCCACCUACACUAGUGGCCAAAAUUGUGGAAACCUGUUGGAAAAAGUGUAUUUCCGAGGUUUGGUGGCUCUCAUAACACCACUUUCUUUUAGAGUAAUACCAUAAAAUUAAAAAAAAUUCCUUCCAGUAGAUCUAUUCCAGUAUCUAUUCCAGUAGAUACUAUCUGAAGAAGUGUGCUUGCACACGAAAGCUCAUACCAAGAACUAACUUAGUUGGUCUUAAAGGUGCUACUGGAAGGAAUUUUUUUUAUUUUGACUAUGGCAGACCAACACGGCUACCUAUCUGUAACUGGAACCAUAAAAUUAUAUAUUGAUGGAAAGAUAAUUUAAUGAAGAAUGUAAUGCAACGAAGUUUGUUCAAUUUUCUGUAUUCUAUCAAAGGUUAUAUAGCCAAAUAACCAAAAAAAGGUGGUGUUAUGAGCCACCAGACCUCGAAAUUACACUUUCCCCAAAAGGUUUCCACAAUUUUGGCAACUAGUGUACUUGGGUUUAGUGCUUGCUAUAGCAGCAUGGGGAGGUAGCUCCGAGUUCGUAUUCUUCACUUAAUUGCUGCUGUUGUUACUACGUGCACAAUUUUUGUAUUUGCACUGAAUUAUUUGUAUAGGAUUCCCCCCCUAAACUUUUCAAUUACUUGGGUGGGGUCAGAGGCAGCUGAGUGAGGCACAGUGACUUGCUUCAGUGAAACUUAUCCCCAGCCAGAUCCAGUGAGUUAAAGGUGGUCAGUCCCCCACUUCCUCAUCCUUUUUGAUGUCUCUUGGCAGCAGGGAGGCUAUGCUGAGAGUAUCCCUGCAAGUGUGGAAGGUUAGCAUCUUGCAGAAACUUGUCCUUGGAAUGAAGAUGGGAGCCAAGGAUUUCCUGGAUGACAGAUCAUAUAUUGUAGCUGCUGUACAUUACGUUAUUAGCUCUCACCACGCUAGCAUAAAGUGAUGGGAUCUUUUACGCAGGCAACAUUUUUCACUAGCACUCACUUCAGUAACCACCUAAGAUUCUGAAUUAAAGUUUGCUGGCUUAUCUUGCUUGAACGCAGCUCAAGGUUUUGUCCCUGCUGCAUGCAUAUAUAUAUAUAUAUAUAUAUAUACACACACACACACACAAAAUACGUCCAAAGCACCUCCAAGCAUCAUGGGAACUGUAGUUUACCUCUCACAGAGCCACACUUCCCAGCACUCUAAACAAACUACAGUUCCCAGGAUCCUUUGAGAGUAAAAUGUGCUUUAGAUGUGUGGUGUGGAUGCAACCUUUAUUUAUAGAUGCUUGUUGUAGUCCAUCCUCUCUGUCACUUCCCACUUCUUACUGGCCCAGUCUGUCUGUCUUUCAUGUAGCGAUAUGUGAUGGGAAUUCAGAGGGGUUCUUUUUAAUAAAUAUAUAUUUAACAUUUUCCUAGGAAUCGGGCCAAUGCUAUUGGGGCCAAUGUGGAAGAUGUGGUGGAGAAUUUGAAGCAAGCAAACACAGCACUUCAGGAGGCCGAGGACACCAUCAGUGGCUCUGGCUAUUCCCUCCGGCUCAUCCAAGACCGCCUUAAUGAGGCGAGUGAUACUUGAGUGUCUGGCUCUGAAGCCCCCAAAUGAAUGGCUUACUCUAAAGCAAGCCGGCAGGACUUGUGAUCCUCCAGGCCCAAAUACAUCUUUAUUGUUCUGUCGAUGACUCAUGUUAAAAAAAGAAGUUCUGUGAAGGUGGAACACCUACACACUCCCCGACAGAAACAAUAAAGCACAUUACCUAUUUAAAGGCAUAACAUUAUAAAGAUUGAUUUCAGACUCAGAGCAUCAUAACUUCCCUUCCCUUGCACAGUCCAGGUAGUGUCAACUAUUCUAACCCUAAACAGUUAACAGAAAAAUAUUCAGUCCCAUUUCAAGUCUGGAUAAGCUAAGUGUCUUCAUUAUUUCCUGUGACAUGAAUUGCCAACUGGGAGGACCUGGGCAGUUGUUGGCCGUCUUGCAUUUUUUCGUGCAAGAGAAUAUAUUUUUGUACACACAUAUUUUUCCCGGUUCUGGGGAAUGCUCUGUUUUUAUUAGCCAACAACAGCAUCGUGUGUGUGUGUGUGUGUGUGUGUGUGUGUGUACGUAAUCAAUAUUGUGCAAUCUCCACCAUUGAGAUUAGCAGGGCAUGGGUGACUUCCUAUGGCAAGCAGGAGGUUCUUGGGGGAGCAGGAGGCAGAAAUCAGUAAUGACUGGACGCGCUUCAGUUUUGUGUUCUGCCAGCCAUUUUUGUAUUCUGCCACGUCCUAACAACCACCAUUUUAGAACUAGCACCCAUAGCAGUCUAAAUAUUUGAAGUGUGCCUGCUGGUCCAAAAAAAGUUGGUGAUUUCCAUAGAUUCUUGAGUAGAACAAAGUUUUUGCAAUGAAUAUAUUUUUUCAGGGACAAGAAUUUUCAUUGCUAAAUGUUUCCUCUUUUGGGAUGCUCAGAUCCAGGCUGUCCUUAAUCCAGCUGAGAAGCAUGUGCAGGACAUCACUGGUCAGCUGGAUGGUUUCACUGGGAGACUUGCCCAGCUACAGCUUAAUGCAAAGCAGAACCUGUUGUUGGCUGCUGAUGCUCAGCAAAAAGCAGGAGAAGCCAGUGAGCAAGCAAGGAGCACUCAGCAGGUAUGGGAAAUGGGAGCUUCCAGACACUACAAUGUUUCUUCCCCCCUUCAUUUUAAAGCUGUCACAUUGUGAUUCAAGGAAAACAUAUCACUGUGUUUCCUGUAGUUGUUUGCAUGCUCUGGGGUGCAAUAUUAGUCAAGCAGCCCUGGCCAAUACCUUUUGGGAGCUGCUUUGAAUUCUGCUCCCAGUUUGGUGGUUAUUCAUGACGAUGGCAUGGUGCCUCACUAUAAUAUAGUGUCUCUAUCAUACAUACCUUCUCUCUUUUGCUUGUCCAGCUUUCCAUGCUUGGUUCAAUUAUAGCCCUAAACAACAGACCACUGAGGAACUGAUGGAAUUCAUAGAAUUGGGUUGUUUAAAGAGCAUUUUACAUAUCACAUGCAGUUGUCAGCCUCAGCUCAUCUUUUUUCAUAAUCCUUUGAUCUAGUUAUACAGGGGUAUAUUCAAUGCACUUGUUCUAUUAGUGCAAGGAUUUGUGCUUGAGCAAUGGAAUUUCCCCCUUCCUCCUCUUUGCACCCUCUGCACCUUCCACAGAUCUGCUCCAGAACAUUGGGGGAUAUUGUAGUGGAGGUUGGGAUAUUGGAAAUUCUAUGGCAUCCACAUGAUAGAGCCGUCAGAUGUGUGACUUUAGCCUGUUCCCUCAAUUUCUUCACAGAGAUUUGAACAGGUGAGACAAAAAUAUGCAGAACUUAAGAGGAGGAUGGGACAAGGAUCAAACCUGGGAGAGCAAGGGGCUCGGAUCCAAAAUGCCCACAAGGAGGCCAGCACAUUGUUCACAGAAGCCUUGAGUAUGAUGGCCAAAAUGGGAGGUAAGGAGAGCAUGACUUAUAGCUGACCUCACAGUAAUUUUUUCUGCCUUGCCUGACCACACAGGAUUACGGAUUUGUAAAGAACUAAAGGUUCUCUUUGGAUUAAUUUUAUCUCUAGAAUAAGUAGAAUCCUACUAAAGUCAAAAGCAGUAUUGAAGGUGUUUCAUUUUGGGUACAAAUCUGGAAUGGGGAACCUUUGGCCCUUUGGAUGUUGAUGACAUCCAACUUGCAUUAGUCCUAGCUGGUGUGGCCAGUAAUCGGGGUGAUGGGAGUCUGCUGAAGACUAUAAGGCCUUGUGAGCAUGUUCUCCAAAAUGGAGGCUGUGUGCAUUUCUGGAGUAGCAAAAUCUCUGCCAGUCCAGUUUCAGGGUUUUGUGGAAAGGUGAAACGAACGGCGACUGCAAUAACCCCCGUGUAUCUCCGCUCUUUCUUUUGAUGCUAUGUCCACUGAAGGGUGGGGUGGGGGUGUCAUGUGUAAACAGUGUCCUAUAGAGCCACUCACAGGCUCGCAUCUUAACAACUGGUUGCCAAGCCAAGUGCCAGAUUUUUUCGAUGCUUCAUUUGAACACUUCAGUUUGAAGCUUUCAAACCUAAUGACUUUGCUCGACACGCUUUGGGAAGCAGCCAGUGCGUAGACUAAAUGCCUUGGCCCCUGUAGCAGGUGGAGCAUGAGUAACUGGCUGGCUCAGAGCCAGGGAUGUUGCUGGAAAGGGGAGUCGGCGUUGCUUCCAUUGAUAAAGCUGUGCCUCUAAUGAAUGGCUUUCAUUGAAGGUGCCUCUCUGUGCCAGAGACUUGGCAGCUGGCUGCUGCCAGGCAGUUACUCCUGCUCAGAAUUUGCUAAAUGCAGCAAGGAGUGUUGAUAUUACUAAAUAGAGCAGCAGGCAAUUUCCUAUGCAGAACACGAAGAGCAUAUUUUACCAGUGUCUGCUGACGUCAAUGCCAAAACUUGUUUGCCCUUAAUCGGAAGGAACUGAUUCAGGAUGCUAUGUGAUAGAGCAGCAAAUUUUUUUAAAAAAUUGUGGUUCAGAUUCUGCCACUGUUUUAGGCAGCCUCAGUGGGGGGUGUUAAGGAUAGGCAGAAAAUGUGGUCUGCAAGGCUCAAGGGUGUAGACUCAAGCAAAAGUCAGCUGCUGAAUUUGUCUACUAAAAUAGAUGUACUACUAUCCAGAACUUGCAGGAAUGCUUGCAUCAAACUGUGGCAGCACUUAAUUGAUUUGUUGUGCUCAAGGUCCUUUUUCCAUCCUUGGAACCUGUCUUCUGCUUUCUGCAUGCAUAUGCCUUUCCUCCUCUUGGGACUGAAGCUUGUUCUUUGCAUUAGGAAGUUUAAAAGUAAUGCUGAAUUUGUGCACGAAGAGCUGUGCAUGCUUGGUAAUGCAAGCAAGGGGGAGGGUAGGAUGCAAGGAAUCAGCCAGUGAUCUCCAGAGAUAAAGUGUGACCUUGAGAGAUUAACACACACUCUGCAACAGGGGGCAUAUUAUAUAACAGCUUAGUUUCACUCUGAUCAGAUGAAUGAGAAACCCAUGGCUGCUGCUGCUGAGCAACAGCCUACACACACAUAUAUAAUGUUAAAGAACUGGAGAUGAAACAAAAACCUUUCUUUUCCGUGCAUGUACCUGAUUUCUUUUUCAACCCACAGCUAUAGAAACAGAGCUUCAAGAUAGCAACAGUGCAUUUCUCCUUGAAUCAGCCAAGCUGGCAGGCCUGGAAAAAAAGGUGGAAGCCAUUCGCGAUCAUAUCAGUCGUCGAGUUGAAUAUUACGCCACAUGCACGGACUAGCACAGCCCUUCCUGUCUCCUUUCAGAUGCCUUUCCCCCUCUUUACAAAUAAAACAACUUUAUCAGGAGGAGAAGCUGGCUGUGAACCAAAAGAGCCCUAGCUUUUAAAGAAGUCAGUGGGUUAAUUUAUUUGCCUUUCAAGGUCUUUUUUACACUUUACAAUUACUGUUUUGAAUUAAAACUUGCAGAUGGUUCCUUUUUAUGUAGAAUGUGUACUUAUUUUGCAACUUUUGCACUACAGAAACAAGGGGGACUGAAGCUGGAUUUGGAUUAGGGAAGAAACACAGUCAUGAAUAGUGAUUGUGAGCAGCAAUAAUAAUGACACGGCUGUAUCUUGGACUUUAUAUUACAAGGACAUCUUGUCUUAUUAGCCACCACCUGCUUUAUUGACAGCAUAACACUCUGCAGAUGGCAGGAAGAAAAUCUGCCCUUGGAGUUCAGGUGAGCACCCUCCAGAAUGAGUUAACAGACCGCUUCCUUUGCCAUCAAUAACCAACAAGCACUUAAAAACCAAUCAGCUUUAUUAAGCAUGGUACAUAUUGUAGAAUCACUGGCUUGGAAGCAGAACUUGGCUUCAUCAAGAGAAUAGGAAUGCUAUGUAUGUCCCCUCUGCAUCCACUGGAAGAUGUACAAGGAAUAUGGAAGUUUUUGCCCACCUACAGCUGGAGGACAUCUCGUUGGCUACCACAGCUGUAAUGAAAGCUACACAAGCAAGCCAGCAUAGAAUGCAUUCAGACUUGAUCACCUUUUCCACAUGGGCUCAGCACAAAAGAAGAACUCCUGGCAAGUGUUCUGUUAUUCCACUGGACAGCUACAGGCUAUAGAUACAAAGCAAACAUGCUCCCUACUUCCCGCCCCAGCAUAAAAUAUAGCUGUUUGCAAGGAUGUAGAUAAGUACACUGAAAUGGCUAGCAAAAACUUGCCUUCCUUUCAUAUAAAUGUUUUCUUGUUGGUAUUAAUGACCCCUCUAACAUUUCAAGUCAAUUGCAUCACAGAAAUCCUCAGGCCCAGUGCUUCCCCCCCACUAGAAAAAUAGGUGCUGGUACUCACCAUGAAGUUGUUACAGUAAGUGCCAUAUUUUUUAACAACAAAAAGAGGUGCCAGUACUGGAGUACCCCCUGAAAAAAGCACUGCUCAGGCCUAUGAAUGUGUAGCACUUAAAUGAACGGCCACAGGCAACUGAGAACUCACUUUGGCCUGGCAGAGCUCAGACCAGGCUCCUCUUCUCUCUUCUUGCACAAUUGAUGUUUGAUUUUUGUGGCUUUGAAGAGAUGAAUCCAACAGCCCUUCUGAAAGAGAUGAAAUUCAUUAUUCAUGUGUAACAUGAUUCCCCAAAAUUCAGAAGUGCUACAGUUGUUUAUCUUGUGGUUGAUGUUUUUAAAAGCUCUGCCCACUGAAACAGGGUGCUGAAAUGGAGGAUAGUGGCCCAGCAAAAACUACACAGUAAUACCAGUGAUAAAACUGCUGGCUCUCAAACUGCUUUUCCACUUGGCAGAGUUUAUAUACUUAUUAAACAUUAAGGAUCUCUCAGAAGGUGGCACACUGGCCAUAAUCCAAUACAGAGUUAAGCAUGCUUUAAGGUGUGGGGAUCUUUUUCAUCCCAAAGGGCACAUUUCCUCAUGGGGAACCUCUGGGAGCUGCAUGGGGCAGGCGCCUCCAUUCAUUAGAAGUCAGAAGUUUCUCUACACCCAUCUCUCUAACCACCAUCCAGGCAACCCACAGGUAUCACACUUCAAGGACACAUUCCAGUCAGGAAAAAGCACUCAAGAGGCAUUGACCACCAUGAGUCAAUGGUGAAUUAGAAAGGCCUAGAAGGCCAUACUCAGCCUCUGGGUCUGAGGCUCCCUUCUUUAAGCUUUUUGACACCAAUGGGUUUACACACACCUAGCUAUGAGUUGGACAGACUCUCAUAGGGGAGCUUGACUUAAAGACUUAUUUAUCAGAGUGAGAUUGGGGAUAUUUUCAUUCAGGGGACAUAUAUGGUGUUACGGCGACUGGCUGACUAUUCAUAUC